AGCACAGAUACCAGCCUUUCAAGUGACUGACUCUAUUUUACAGAUAUUGAUGUAUGGCAGGUUAAACGUUUGGUAAGUACACAGCAUUUUCUCAAUGCACUACUUAUAGAAAAUGUAAUGUUGUAAAAUUACAUGAUUUUAUUCAGCACUUAGUGUUUCCUUUGUGAGAAAUACAGAUUUGCUGAACAUCUAAAAUAUUUAAAGUGAGUGACUAGCUAGCAACGUGUCUCUGUUUCUGUUAGUUACUUCUCUGUAAGAAACAAAUGUUUUAUUGUUUAAAUGCAAGCAAAUGUCUUUUAACCCCUUAAGGACCAAACUUCUGGAAUAAAAGGGAAUCAUAACAUGUCACACAUGUCAUGUGUCCUUAAGGGGUUAAAUAUAGAUAAAACAAUAUAAGGAGUAUUAGCUAAAAUAAAAUAAAAUAAUUAUGUGGUUUCUGUUUAAUUAGAUUUAUGAGAAAGGGUAAAAUGAACAUUACACUGAAUAUAUUCGAGCACUUAUUAGAGGCAAUUAAUUAAAAUAUACAAAUAGCGAUAUUUCCUGUCUCCGAUUAAUGUUUGUCUCAGCUUUUCCUGAUCUUGUUUAUUAUAUAAUUAUUAGAUACAAUCCUGGACACACUGUUAACAAUAAUAACAACUAAUUAUAUAAUUUAAUUUAUAUGAGCACCAGAGAUGAUAAAACUCAUAACUGGUUACGUCAUCUUCCUCUUGUGUCCUCGUCAUAGUUGUUUGAAUGGGUUAUCAUUUUUGUUGACUCCUGUUGCAUGUUUUAUCUACCAAAAAUAACGAAUCAUAUAUGUGGCAUCUUCUAAGUGUCUACGCUUAUGUUCUAUUGAUGAGCAAACCGUUGUGCAGUACUAUUAUGUGACUAUUAAAUAUGGGACUUGUAGUUUAUUUGUAAUAUAAUUAAAUCUUACACUACAUUCUCAUAUAAUGUAUAAAAUAGUAGAUGACAGAUGGAUAUAUUUUACCUCUAUGCACAGUUCAGUUUUUCAUCCUUUGUGUAACAACAUUCUUAUGCCCACCAGCUGAAAACCUAAAAAUAUUAAGACAAAUAAAGAGACACUCUUAGCAGAAAUGCUCUCCCUUUUUUCAGAAAAUGUAAAGUGUUGCCAUUUCUAAGAAAUUACCAUGUUUUAAAUCUGGCUAAGAGCAUACCUCUAGUGGAUGUCAUAUUGACAACCACAAUUUGCACCUUUUUUUUCUUGAAGGUCUUCAUGUUUGAUGUCAUCAUGCACAGCAUGUUGACACCAAAGUCCACUAGAGCUUCUCAUAGAGAAUUGUAGGAUUGAUUGCAUCUAUUUAAGAAGCACCAGAUUGUCGAAGCACAGUAUUUUUGCACGUGUGCUGUUAGUACCUAAAGCUUCUCUAUGAAAACUAUUGCAUUGGACAGAGUUCAUCAUUCAUGAUAAUCUGAUUAAGGGUGGGGCAGCUGUCAAGAUGAGGUUGUCCCUGCGCUAAAUUACAACUAAGUAUAAUUGCUUUUUGUUUUUAAAGCAUUUUUUUAUAAAAAAGGAUUUAUUUUAUUUAUUUAUAAUAUAGACACACUGACUUUAAAAUAAAAAAGAGAUUGUUUGAACUUUACAAAUAAAUAUAUACAUUUCUGGUAGACUGUUUCUUACUGUAAAUGUACCAGAAAUCUUCAUAUCUAGGAAAUACACCGAUCAGCCGCACAAUCAAAACCACUGACAGGUGUAGUGAAUAAGAUUGAUUAUAUCGUUUUAAAUUGCACCUGUCCAGUGGUGGGAUAUUUUAGGCAGCAAGUGAACAGUUAGUUCUAGAAUUGUUGAAGCAGAAACAAAAAGGCAAGCAAAAAGAUCUGAGUGUCCAGGGCCAUAGAGUGAUGACUAGACAACUGGGUCAAAGAAUCUCUAAAACGUCAAGUCUUGUCAGGUCUUUCUGGUAUGCAGUGAUAAGUACCUACCAAAAGUGGUGAAAGGAAAGACAACUGAUGAACCAACAUCAAGAUUCAUUGAUGCAUGUUGGGAGUGAAGGCUAGCAUGUCUGGUCCAAUCACAGAGUUCAAGGUGCUGCCUUCGUCUCCAAAUACCCCAGAUCUAAAUCUGAUUGAGCCUCUGUGGGAUGUGCUGGAACAACAUAUCUGAUCCAUGGAGCACCCAUAUUGCCCCUUGCAGGACUUGAGGGAUCUACUGCCAAUGUCUUAUACAUUGCCUUAUGCCACAGGACUCUUUCAGAGGUCUUGUGGAGUCCAUGCUUCAAUGCAUCAGAGCUGUUUUGGUGGCACACGGGGGGGCUGCUUGAUAUUAGGCAGAUGGUUUUAAUUAUUAUUAUUGACAUUUAUAUAGUGCCAACAGAUUCCGAAAAGCUUCACAAUUUUAUAAAAGUGGGAGAUUUAACAAUAAAUAAGACAAUUACAAAAACAUUACAGGAAUGAUAGAUUGAAGAGGACCCUACUCAAAUGAGCUUAUUGUCAAUAGGAGGUGGGGUAUAAUAGGACAGGAGAUAGCAAUCAAAAAGGGCGGGAGUGAAGCAGAGCUGGAGGAGAGAGUAGAGUGCUACCCUUUAGGAGAGAGGAAGGGACAGGCAUGUGAGGUAGAAGUUACUAUGGGAUGCCACAAAAGUUCCUGAAGAAAUAGAUUUUAAGGCACUUCUAAAAAAAAUUGAAGACUAGGGGUGAGUCUGAUGGUUGUAAUGUUGUAACUUAUCAGUUUCUAUGGAUACAAUAUGAGAUAUAGUCAUUGUCAAUUCUAACUCUCAGACUGUACAUACGUUAAAAGCAUAAAGUAGUUGCGUCGAAUAGCAAAGAAUUCAUGAGUUUGAAAAAGCAGAACAGUGACCCAUGCAGAACCAUUAACAGCUGCCCGUUUAAACAACACUGUGAAGAAAUGUGAAGAUACCCUGGAGGCAAUGGCAGGAAGGCAGAACGAUAUGCAAGAGGAGAUCAAAAGUAAAAGAAGGGAAAGGAAAAUUUUGGAUGUACUCUACAAAGAAAUGGGCAUUCAAGAAAAUAGGAUUAUCUCCAUUUCUGACAUGGGUAUUGCAUAGCCUCAACAAGACUUGGUUAUUAUUUAAUAUUAAUAUUUUUUUUAUCUAUUUUGCUGACUAUAUAUUGGGCAGUGCAUGUUAUUAUUAUGAACAAAACUGAAAGAGAUUAAGUCACUCAUUUGAGAAUUCUAAAGAAUUGUUUAGAGAAAAUGAAAUUAUAGGUUGAAUGAUGUUUUCUGAUUCAGCUAUUUUCUUUAAAUGUAUAUUUCCACUGUCAAUUCCACACUAUUUGUAAUUUAAUAAAUAAGCCCUCUGUAGUUACUGCCCUUAGGGAAAUUACCACAUAUAUGAGUUUACCUCAUCUGUGUAAUAAUGAACGGAUUAUUAGCAUAUCAAGCCAGUCCUUAUGCAAAAACAUUCCAAAACUGAAGUGCCUGGCAAAUGGUCUCUGCAUAAGAGAUAAAGAAAAUGAAUGAUUCAGUCUUUAAAAUGCUUUGUCAAUGAUGCAAAAUUAAUAUCUCGCUAGACAUGUAUGCACAAUAUAACUAAGGUCAGAAAAAUGACCUAAAAAACAAGUUUUUAACUGCCAAAAUUUGUUACAUAUUAUUUCUUUGUUCCUAGAUUACUAUCAACAAUGAGCGACACUACAUCCACCAAUAUCUCAGUGGCUCAAGCCAAUUCCACGGACAGUGGGCAAACUGGUUCUAUGCGACAAUCAAACAUGUCAAAGCCUGGUUCCACCAAAAGGCUGUACUUCUACAAAAGUGGAGAUCCACGUUUUAAUGGAAUAAAGAUGGUUGUCACCAAUCGUUCCAUUAAAACAUUUGAUGCCUUGCUAGACAGCUUGUCCAAAAAAGUCCCAUUGCCUUUCGGAGUUAGGAAUAUUACAACUCCACGUGGAAUGCACCAUAUAACCAAUCUAGAGGAACUAGAAGAUGGCAGAUCCUACAUAUGCUCCCACCAAAGAAAGAUAAAACCCAUAAACCUUGAAAGGGCAAGCAAGAAGCCCCUACUCUGGAAGAGCAGCAGACCAAUGAGUGCCCGGCGACGUGCUGUGCAAUUGGCUCAGCAUAAUGAGGUAGUACCUUUUCAGAGAGAAAACACCAUAGUGAUCGGGAAUUCAAAGAAACUUGUGAUUUUCAAAAAUGGUGACACAGAAUUUAAAUACAAUGUCAUCUUUAACCAGAAGUCUAUGCAAAGUUUUGACGCCUUUCUAGAGGAGAUAUCAGAGGCCUUGCAAUGUCCAAUCGUCAAGCUAUAUAGCACUGAUGGAAGAAGGGUAAGCUAAAUUAGUAAAACAAUGUUUGUGGUAACCUAUGUACAAUGUACAACAUUCAAACAACAAUAAGUCAAAUAAUUGGCAUAUAUAAUUAUUUAACAUUUUCAGUGCCUCUUGGUCAAGCCUAAAAUUGUUGUAAUGUUAGCUAAAGGUAUAAUAACUGUAUGGAUCAAAUGCCAAGCUGUCUAUUUAAUCAUGAGAGAGGUUGACUAGGAAGUCAGACAAACAUUGUAUAUUGUUACUGGAAAAUUGUGGGGUUGCUAUAUAUGUUUAGUCAUAUAAUGUGGAAGUAUGGCUCAACUGUAUAGUUCUCAAUUUUAUUAAAGACACGGAGGCUGCACUCUUUCUUUGUUUCUCUUAGCAGCAAAGAAAAAGCUCAAUAGAAAAACAUGUUAUAACAGAACUACUACAUUCACAUAGUAACAGGUCAACGAAUCAGAAUAAUUCCAAUCUUAUAAAAGGCAGGACCAAGGCAUCAACUUCAUCGGUCUUUGCUGCUCAAUCAGUUAAUUAUAGCACUCUGGUCUCAUGGUAUAUUCUCUGUUGGGACCACUGAUAUCUCUGUUUCUACAUGGUAUGCUACUUUUACAAUUGUACUUUGCUAGCUAUACUUGUUAUAUAACUUUAGUUGUUACUUUGUGUGUUUCAUUGUGGUUUAUUGUCAAUGUACUGUGUCCUGCUGUGCUGUACCUGGUGUUGUCUUCCCUAUCUAGUACUCCAUGGGGGUCUAAGCCAUCCUUCUGCUGCACAAUCCGUGUGCUCUGUGUACUGUCCGUUCUCCCAAACCGCUUGGUUUUUCUCAUUUGGCCUUUCUGAGGUUGCAAAGCUAUUCUUUUAAAACUAGAAUAUAAACUAGUUAAUUUGGCCCUCAGCAAAUCUGGCUAAAGGGCUCCUAUCUGGCAACUCUUUUGUCAAAUACUUGGUCUACACACAGACCUUUAUUGCCUUAGAUAAGGUGCAAUCGAAUAUGCUGAAUGUUUUUUUUUAAACGAAAAGAGCAUAGAUCUGUCAGUCUGGCCAUUUCCCAUGAGGUUCUCAAUGUUUGAACCAAGGCUCCUAUACAGGCAAACCUGCUGUUUCUAUGUGGAGAUCCACCAAACUUUUACCCAUAGUGUAGUUGUCCCUGGGCUUUGAGAGGUGCAUGUGGUUAAGGUAAGUUCUGACACUCUCUUCUUACAUCUCUGCUUACGCAGUUCUUGCUUCCCUGGGAGAUUGUUAUUUUCCCAACAAGGAAAUACAAGAGUUGCCUCACAAAUAAGCCAUCCUAGAAAUUAAAUUCUAUACUCCAGGUGUUGUGAGUUUCUGGUUCCCUAAAAAGGAGGGGGUGUCAAACCAGUAAUCAAUUUAAAACGUCUGAAUGCUUAUGUUUCUUACCAUCAUUUCAAGAAGAGAUCUACUCCACCCAUCAGAUUUGGUGGCCAAGCUAGAUCUCAAGGACACUUGUCUCAAAUUGACACUCUCCAGGACUUCCUUCAGUUCACUUUACAAGGAAAUGGCAAACAUCAAAAAAGAAAUCAGUUUUCUCUAAACACCUAGAUCACAUAAUUGGUCUCCUAACAGCCAAGAUACCAGCUAUCUCGCUAGGCUCUCUACACUACAGAGCUCUUCAAUGUCUAAAAGGAAUGCACAUCCUACAAAGAUUUUGUGGGUCUGGAAAUUGGGGCCAAGAUCCAUUGGUGGCUUCACCACAUGGAUGCUUGGAAUUGUCGCACCUUAUUUGGACUUUGUCAUAGAGUCAAACUUGAGCUCUUACGGUUUGGGUAAGUGCUGGAAAGAUAUUUCCACAAGCAACAUGAGACAGCCUUAUAGAGUUGCUUGGAAUGCAUGGAAUGGUUGGUGCCUGGAACAAAAGUAUUGAUCCCUAAUUGGCUCCUUUGAAUGAAUUAUUACAUUUCUUAACUUCCUUUUUCUGAUAAUGGUAAAACUUAUAGUACCAUUAUUCUUUAUCAUUCAGCCAUUCCAGUUGAACAUCACAGUAUUGAUGAUACACUGGUUGGACGUCAUCCUUUUGUUUGCUGACUUCUUAAAGGCUUUCAUUUCACACUUCCGCCCCCAGUCUCAGUACUUGUGGCCACCUUGUGGCCUUUUUUUGCCAAAUUAGUCAUGCUGUUUUGCUUGAUCUGUUGUAAUAGAUGUCUGAUGUCCAAGCACUAGAUGCCGAUGCUCAAUCCCUUACAGGCGUUUAUUAUGAUAUUUCUUGUAGAACUAAGACUUCCCGGUCAGUUCUGUAUAUGGCAUUUUUUAUAAGAUCAAACUUUGUAAUGUAACAUAUUUACGUACAUAUGAAGCUCAUUGUGACAUUCUUUAUGACCUCCACUUUUUUUUAUUGCAUUUCACAAACCUCAUAUCCCAGUUUCUACUCUCGCGUUGGCCCGUUGAGUCAAAUUGAUUAUGUCUUUGGCAGGCAUUGUCAUUUCAAGUUUUUAUUCUCAUUCUGUACAUGGAGCUAUGGCCUCUAAAGCUUCUUCGAUUGGUUGUCAUUUGGAAGAUAUUUCAAAGGUGGCUGAUUAGUCUUUGAAUUUUACCUUUCAAGAUUUUUAUUUGAAGCCAAUUCAAACUUUUUUUGAAAACAUGAUUUCUCAGCUUUAAACUCACUUCAUAGGAGCCUCUGUGUUUUUAGUAAAACUCUAAUAUUUUACUAUUAACAUGAUGUAAAGUCAUUCUUUUUAUUAAUGACAUGGAGGCGAGUAUUAUUCCCAACCUCCCAUCCCUUUGGCUGAUUCUUCUUUGAUUAAUGUUAGGUAUUUACUACAUGUUUGUCGGGGUAUUGUAUAUCUUCUACCUUUCUUGUUAAAGUAGUUUCUUGUCUUAUGACAAUUUUGCCAUAGUUUUCAUAUUUUAUAGUCACUUUAUAUCGUGAUUUUAUCUUGUUAUGGAUGACUUACACAUGCUUGCUGUUAUAAUAUUGACAAUUCCAGAAAUUUUUAUGUGAGAUUACCAUUUUUCUUUUUCUUUCACUCUUGACUUGAUUUCGCUAUCAAGGACCUCUGAGGUCUUCGAUGACUCAUAUUUCUUAUACUCUAGUUAAUUUUCUUUUCAAAGAAUGUUCUAUUUUCCUCCAGGUUUUGUUAUUUGUACUGAUUUGAAUUUGAUUUUGGGACCACAUGAAAGAGAAAGUUUAUGCCUUGGUUCUGACUUUUAUAGAUUGGAGUUAUUCUGAUUGGUUGACCUGUUACUAUGUGAACUUUUUAUAACUUGUUUUUCUAUUGAUUUUAAACAGUUUUUUCUUUGCUGCUGAGCAGUGGCGGCUCUAGACUUGGCGAGGCCUUAGGUGAAACUCAUACAUGAGGCCCCUACUAACACCAUUAUUGAAAAAAAACAGCAGUUGACUUGUGUGUAUAAGAAGCUGUAGAUAUAUUGAAGGAGGAGCUUGCAGUGCUGUAUAUAGAGAGCUAGUCUUUGUAUACAUUGUUGCAUUGUCUACCUGUGUGUGCUUGAGCGUGUGUGUCUGGCAGUGAAUAUUCUUGUAUAUGUAUGUAUGUAUGUUUCUCUGAGCAUGUGUAUGUUUGUGUACUGCCUGUGGCCUUUGGCACUGAGUUUAUGGCGAAGCUAUGUUUUAUGACGGUGUGUAUAAUGAUUGCCGUCAGGCGGUGACAGGGUGAGUAAAGGGGUAACUGUGACAGGGUGAGUGUAAACGAACAGGAGGGUGCCAGAGUGUAUGCAGGGGGGUGCCAGAGUGUUGAGGGUUGACAGUGUGUAUUAAGGGAGAUGCCAGAGUGCAGAGAGUGGUGCCUUUGUGUGCGGAGAGUGGUGCCUGUGUGUUUGGAGGGAGAGACAGUGUGUAUGGAGGGGGGGGUGACAAUGUGCGCCAAGAGUGGUGACAGGGUGCACGGAGAGAGGUGACAGAGUGUGUGGGAAAAAUGACAAAGUAUAUGUAGGUGACAGAGUGUGAGGGGGUGGCAUAGUGUGAGGGGUGGUGACAGAGUAACGGGGGUGACAGAGUAAGUGAGAGGGUUAGUGUGAGAGGGUUACAUUAGUGUUAGGGGUCUGACAUAGUAAGAGGGAGGAGACAGAGUGAGAGGGAGGGUGACAUAAUGAAGGUGGGUGGCAGAGUAAGAGGGGGUAACAGAGUAAGAGGGUGGGUGACAUAGUGUGAUGGGGUGACAGAGUGAGAGGGAGGGUGACAGAGUGUGAGGGGAUGACAGAGUGUGAGGGGGUAACAGAGAGAGGUGGGAUUACAGAGAGAGGGGGUGACAGAGAGAGGGGGAGACAGAGUGAGAGAGAGGAGGGUGACUGGGUGAGAGAGAGGAGGGUGACAGUGAGAGACAGGAGGGUGACUGAGUAAGAGGGGGUAACUGAGUAAGAGGGGGUGACAGGUGGGGUGGCUGGGUGAGAGGAGGGUGACAGUGUGAGGUGGGUUGGCAGUGUGAGAGGGGGUGACGGGUGAGAGGGGAUGACAGAGUAAUGGGGUUGACAUAGUGUGGGGGGGUCACAGGGUGGGUGACAGAGUAAGAGGGGUGACAGGGGUGAGAUGGGGUGACAGGGAAAGGGGGUGACAGAGUGAGAUGGGGUGACAGGGUGAUGGGGUGACAUACUGGGGGUGACGUAAUGUGGGGGGUGAUAGUGUGAGGGGGUAAUAGAGUGAGAGGGGAGAUGACAGAGUGAGAGGGAGGAGGGUGACAGAGUGAGAGGGGGUGACAUAAUGUGGGGUGACAGGGUGAGAGGGGGUGACAAGGUGAGAGGAGGUGACAGUGUUAGGGGGUGACACAGUGUGAGGUGGGGUGAUAGUAAGAGACGGGUGACAGAGUUAGAGGUGGGGUGACAGGGUGCUACGUAGGGUGACAGAGUAAGAGGGGAUGACAGGUGGGUGGCAGGGUGAGAGGGGGUGAAGGGGGUGACAGGGGCUGCAGGGGUGAGGGGGGAUGACAGAAUGAGAGGUGGGGUGACAGGGUGAGAGGGAGGUGACAGGGUGUGACAGGUUAGGUUGCAGGGGGGUGACAGGGUGAGGUGACAGAGUGAGAGGGGAAUGACAGGGCAAGAUGGCAGGGUGCUAGGUGGGCUGGAAGGGGGAUGACAGGAUGAGACGGGGUGACAGGGUGAGGUGGCAGGGUGAGAUGGGGUGGCAGGGUAAGAUAGAUUGAGAGGUGGGAUGGUAGGGUGGCAGGGUGACAGCAUGAAAGGGGGUGACAGGUGGGGUGGCAGGGUGAGAGAGGGGUGACAGGGUGAGUCGGUGCGGACAGGAUGAGAGGGGUGACAGGGUGAGAGGGGGUUGACAGGCGAGAGUGGGGGCUGGACAAGCUGAGGGGGGGCGAUUGGGUGGUGGGUGGCAGGGGUGAGAGGUAUGACAGGGUGAAGAGAGGGUGACAGGGUGAGGGAUGAUAGGCAUUGGCGCGAGGGGCAAGACAGGUGGGGUGAGAGGGGGUGACAGGGUGAGGGGGGUGACAGGGUGAGAGGGAGAACUGUACGUUUUUUCCUGGUGGUCUGGUGGGCUACUUCUGUUCCUGGUGGUCCAGCGUCCUGUCUGGCUCACUGGUGGUCCGGUGGGCUCUCCGUUCUGCAGCUUGCCGGAUGCAGAGCUGCAGACCACAUGGUGAAUGUCUCCAAUCUUCAGUCAGAGCGUUGCCGUGAUAAAUUUGAGAACAAAAUUACCAAACUGAAAACAGAAUUGACUUGGAGAUUUUUUGCUAAUUCAGCUAUUUUUACAUUUUUUUAUUCACUUUGAAUUCACUUACAAUUUUCAAUUUUCACUUUAUUAAAAAGUCCUGAUAAUUCUGCUGAAUCUUUCUGCUUGAUCAUUGAUCAUUUCCACAACUACCGCCAAAGUUCUUUUGCUAAAACUCCCUCCAUUAAUAGGUAGUGUUUCAUGGCCAAAAAACAAAAGAAUGCUGUUCUCGUGAAACAAAAACAGAACAAUGGUUGCAAAUGUGCAGAAUUCAUGCAAAGGAAAAAAUAGGAUUUUAUACCUUUCACUAAAAUAUAAAAAUCAAAAAUCUCAAAAAAGCAGACAAUUAGCAAUAUAAUUUUUGGUGCAGUUUGUCUAUUUCUUAAGCAAAUCCAGUUAAGUACAUUUCCCACUGUAUAAAAUGCUUAUUCUGGUGACAGAUCUAAUGAAUGGGUUUAUUGAAUGAUUAACUAUUGCAUUUAAGUAAAUAAUAGAUUCCCACAUCCAGGAGACAAAGGGGUGUAUAUGUUCUAAAAGCACACUUGUUAUGUUAUUCCUAUCACUAUUUUUGUUUUAAGUAUAUUUUAUUUCAGUAGUUAUUUUUUUUUCUCUAAUUUUCUAAUAACGGUACUUUUCUUUCAGAUCCUUAGCAUCCAUGCUUUAUUGCUGAGUUCUGGAACAAUAGUGGCAGCAGGAAGGGAACCUUUUAAGCAUGCAAAUUACGAGACUGAAAGGGAAUUUCUACCUUCUAAAUUACCUGGGAUCACUAAGCGUGUGAUUCCUAAACAAAGAUCUAAACCAGAAAUGAAAAGCCGUGAGUACCAUUCAUCUACGUACUGUCAGUAACUGAGCCAUCUUUUGAAAAUUAUGUUUACUGGUUGCUAUCAGUCACUGCUCCAGAUUGCAAACCUAGGCCAUCAGUAUAAACAAAGCUGUUUGUUAUAAUACUUGUUAAAGGAGUUAUUUUCAUCAAAGCAAUGCUUGUUGUUGUGUGAUCUUGCUGAUAAAGAGUAGAGAUAAAUAUAUCACUACCAAGCACUUUUUGUUUUAAAAAGUAUUAACAUGAUAUAUUUGGAAACACGGUGUGCAGACCAAGCAGAUUAAUGUGAAUUUCACAAAAUUUUUAUUCAUUUAUUCUUUCAUCCUUUACAGAAAUAUUGAUGAGGUGUAUAUGUGUGGAUGGUGUAUCUUACUUGAAAUAUUUGACAGGGUCUGUAAUAGUUGUACACAACCACAAGCAUAACUGUUGCUAGAUACAUUAAGUGUGACAAAAAUAGAUAAAAUAGUCAAUAAUCCUGAACACAUAGACAGCUGUGAUGUAAUGGUUAUGGUGGCAUGAGUGCCCUAGAAAUCCAACCACAGCUGCAGUGCAAUUAGUCAAACCAUUUACUAAUGAUGUGACCUCUUACCUGGGGUCUAUUGGGCGCUGGUCACUUCCUCUAUGGAGAGCUGGAAACUCCUGCAUUGAGUUUCUUCUUCUUAGACCUCUGGAGCUAAACACUUCCAUGCAAGGCCAGUUUAUCAGGCUUGGCUCAAUGCAGAUAACUUCUGGUUCUCAUAGAGCAAUGGCACCAGGUAAGGUGUCAAACCAUUAGCACAUUGUUUGACUACUUACAUUAGAUAGGACACCCCUGGCACCAUACCCUUGUAGUGCACUGUAGUGUGUAUGGUGCUUGGAGUAUCCUUUAAACAUUAUUAUUACAAAGGUGUGAUAACUUGAAAUGCUAUCUCUCCAGAGGCUAAAUGUAGUAUUUCAAAAACAAAUGAUGUGCAUAUAUUGCUUAUACACAUAGUACAUUGGUAAAACAAUUAUUAAGGUGCACAUGCAACAAAGGACAAUUAGACAAUCAUGAAACAGCACAUAAAACCAGGGAAGGAUAGCUAGUGUUUGGGUAAUCAGUACAAUGUUUGGGAGUAGGGAAUAAUGGGAAGUAUUAUUAGGAAUAAUUAGGAAUUAUUAGGGAAUAAUGGGAAGGUUAUAUUAUUAGGGAAGAGAUGGUACCUGGAAGGGCUUUUAACUAUGGCUCAGGAAGGUGAACAUUUAUGAAUAGCUGUAUCUUCUGGAGCCUUCAGAACGUCAUGUGCAGUGUCCAUUGGGAUUCCAGAAGAGAGUUUGUUCCAGAAGGUGUAGGCCAGGAGUGAGUGGUUCCAGGGGUCUGUUUGAAACAGUAGGUGAAGUUACUGUUAUGGACCUACGGGGACGUAGAUUACAGGCAAAGAAGACCAUGGAAUUAGUGAGGAAAGAUAGGGAAGUACAAGGUUAUAGAAAGAUUUUUAUACUAUAGAAAUUAAAAACAGAAGUCAUGCUCUUCUCAAACAACUCUUCAUCUUAGCCUUGUAGCCUUUACCUCACUAUAUGCAUACUAUACAUCCCUCUCAUUAACAAACGGAUGUUAUUUCAAUGGUGCAUAUAUAUUUGUACUACUUGUUGCAGCACCACUAUUUAUAAAUACUUGUCCUAUAAUUUUGCAUAGCUAUGCCACAUUUUGUUAUUAUAACUGUAUAUUCAACACCAUUUUAACCUCUUCAGCUGAAACUAUAGUCCUAUUUCACCUCACUCUUAGUUACUGCUCUGCAUAAACCCAUCUUUUUUGCAUUGUUCUAACACAUACUUCUUCCUGAGAACAACUAACUACUCCUUUUUAAUAGUAAUAAAAUAAAAAAAUAGACACAUUUUCUUUGGGGACACAUAGUAGCACAUAAUCCAUGUUGGCUAUUUAGUGUAUUUUUAAUAGAAUUUGGCAAUGUCUAGCUUUUUAAAUUGUGGGUCUGGAUGAGCUAGAAUGGUGUCCCGAUUAUAGCUGGAUGGAUGACUGCCGAAUGGCUAAAAUCUGGAUUCUGUUGGUUAAAAUUAGUCGGCUUUUGGCUAGCAGCCAGCGGGCAGGUAGUACUUACUGUCACGAUAGUACUUAUUGCCAGCGUCCUUCCUAAUGCUGGACCUGGCAUUUGUCCUUACUGUCCUAGGAGCUAUGUGGAGGGAGAGGUGCUGGAGGCAAGGCGAGAAACCUCCUCCUCCUAUAGUGUGAUCGCACAGAUCAGACACGGUCAUAUUGCGGUGCGGCUACACCGAGGUGCCGAUCGGGCACCGUGACAGUUACUCUGUAAUUCUUAUUCAUCUGUUUUAUCUAUUAUUUUUCUAUUUCUAUUGUUAAUCAGCACCUGCAUUUAAAAAUUUACUUCAUUUACUAGAUCAUUUUCAGUUUUAUUAAUUUGUUUAUUUGCUUUGGCAUCUUUACUAACUCCAUUCUCUAUUUUUUCUCUUUCCUUUGCUUUCAUCACUAUUUCUGUGUCACUGUCUUCUUACCUGGAUAAUCUGAAUUCCUGAAAAUAUCUUCUGCUUGCUGCCUACUCUACUAAUUCCAAUAAUCUCCCAUGUCAGAAAUUAAAACUGAUGAACCCAUUUUCAAUAAAUCCAGUGGACAAAAGCUCUCACUUUCUUCAGAUAAAAUAUGCAAUACAGAAUUUGUAGAUUUUCCUUACAUGCCAACAAAUGAAAUAAGUAUUACAGAACACUGGCCACAUUCAGGAGAAAAGUUACCAGUGAUUUCUCCUGAAGAUAACAUUGAGAAAUCAAUCCACCUUAAUUUUGAUGGUACUAUGACUGUUGAAAUGAGAGUUCGCUUUAAGAUAAAGGAAGAAGAAACCAUUAAUUGGUCAACUACAGUGAGUCGAUCAGAUUUGUUGUAUCACAAGCAAAAACUGCCAAGUUCCACUGUAGAACCAGACAUCCAAGCAAUUUAUACAAGUGAUUCUCCAUUAGAAACAAAUGUUAAAGACAUUGAGACACCUAAAGAUUGUUUAAACCAAACGGAAUCCAAAAAUGCAUCUUGUUCAGAAAUAAAUCAGUUGGAAACGAAUGUUCCUGCAAUAAAUUCAAAUGUAUACAGAACAACCUCUUCGAGACAAGAGAGUGCACGCUUCUAUAGGCCUCCUACACCUGGAAUCAGAAGAGGUCAGGAAAGAAAGUCUUCUAUGAAACAAAUAUCAGCAGGAAACAUAAGAGAACAUAUCCGGCAAAUGUUCUUUUCUGGUGAAACUGAGCAGGAAGAUACAGAUUCUGGUAUUGUAGCUCAUUGUGAUGAACAAAUGCUUAACACUGGUGAAACCGCAAAUACUCAAAGUAAUGAAAACAAUGAAAUGGACAAUAUAAAUGAAGAAUGCUUGCCCUCUAUGCUUAGACAGGAGAGUUUUGAUGUUGUGGAGACCACAAGUAUGAAAGUAUUGCAGAGGGACACAAGAACAAAAAGGGUAGUUAAAAAAUCAGAAUUUACCACUGAAAGUAGUGGUUAUGCAUGUUUCGGUAAACCCUCUCAGAAUGAUCAGCCGCAUUCAGUAGGUAAGCAUGUAUUACACCAAGAUCAUUUUAAAUUUAAAGAACUUAAACGAUCUGUAAGUGAGUCCAUUUCAUUAUUACACCCAUCCAUGAGUCAAGCUGAACGCUUUGAUUUUGCACAUUGUAAGCCAGGUUCUUUGGAUGCCAUGUCAAAAGAAGCACAUAGGAAUGUUACAAAGGAAGGGAACACUUGUGAAAAUAAUUCACAUUUGACUUCUGAAAGUCAAAUGAAUACUAGCUUCGAGAAUGAUGUAGAUAAUGGUAAUGACACUCAGCUUAGAAUCUCUGCAAAACAAAAAAAGAAGAAAAAGAAACAAAUGGUGGGUAGUGAAAUAAAUUGCAGCUUUCACCAAGACGCAGAAUGUUACACAUCCAUGGAGGCAGGAAAUAUGAAUGGGGAUGUAGCAUAUGAUUUAAAUGAUGAUGCACAAAUACCCCAAACUGCCCCCAAUUAUAAACAAUCUCCAAAGCUAGGAGAUGUGAUUUCAUGUGAUCUGGAGCAUCAGGAUGAUAGCAAUAUUCCAUUUGAUGAUGUCAAACCUCAGGAUUUGUCAUGUCCCAAACAAACUGAAAUAGGUAUAGUAAAGAAAUUAAAAGGUAAUAAACAAAUGGCAAAAGUAAAGCCCAGAGCAGUUAAAAAGAUUACUGAGCCUUCAAGUCCUCCAAAUGAUAAAAGUGUCGGCUGUAAAACGGAAAAUAAUGUAGAUGAUAAUCCUGCUACGGAGACUGGAACUGGGAAUGGUAUUGCUACCAUUAUAACAAGAGAGCCUCUUCUCUAUUCUUGUGAACAUGCUAUUAACCCACCAAUGGAGCAUAAUCUUCUGCAAGAAGGAGUCCGUAAGAAGACUAUAAAACCAGCCAAAAAGUUUCAUGAUUUGUCAAAGAAGCAAAAUAAAUCGAAAAAGAAAAACAAAAAUAAGAUGACUGAAAGUAAAAAAUUAAAUGCUCCUGAUAAUCAAGACACAAGAAGUACAAGUUCUCCAACUCCUGUUAGUUCUGCUGAAAGUUACGUUCAAAGCUGGCUUACGAAAAUAUUUCCAAAUGCUACUUUUCCUGUGAUCCAAUUAUUCCCCUCAACAAGGAGAGGUGAAGACAUAAUUUCUUAUAGUAAUAGUCAAGGUGAUCAGCUAGAGAAGGAAACCAAAAUGAAAGAUCAAAAUGAUUUGCAAGCUAAUUCACACAAUAGUCAGUCUAAUAGCUGUGUUGACUCAAAUAAAAUGGAACCAGUUCUGUUUCAUGUAGAACAUGCCAACGGCAAAGAUAUGAUGAUGUUACACACUGGGCCAUUUGAUGAAGAAGUAAUAUCAACUUUGAUGGAAAAGGGUAAACAAUUGGCAGAAUUAUUUAUGCAGCAGUGUGAAAACAAUGCAAAAAUUGAACAAUGCGGAAAAGAUAAAUUACUCAACUGGAUGGCAAACAACCAAAUGGCAAAAAUGUCACAGAAAAAGGAAAGUUCAGAUGUCGCGGUCCAGGUUGAACUUAAAGCCAUUGAGAAAGAUCCAACAGACCAUACCAUGAACGACUGUAUAGAUGAGAUACUGGCUCAGCAGCUAAAUUCUACACCCCAAUAUAUACCAAAAACAAAAAUAAGGCAUUUAGAAAAGUCACUUAGUCUUCAAGAAUGGCCCUCCAAACCCACUGGUUCAUCCUCUCAGGUCCUACUAGCCUGGCUAUUAGUAUUACAUUUAAAGCAGGGCAUGCAAAACAUGAUUGAGGAUAUAACUAAACGUUCUUGUGCUGGCUCUGAAAUAUUUGCCCUCUUGCAAGUUUUGAAAAAAAUAGCCAUUACAGAGAAAGCAGAUGAUUUGAAAGCUGCUGUCCUAAGUUUGCAAGAGUCUGCACUGAGACAGGAUUCCAGCAUGGAGAACCUAGCAUGUGCUGGUGGACAAACAUCUACCCAAUUAUUUCCAAAUGUUCCCGAAAAACAAGCGAACAUUGUCAAAGACAUAGCAAGUAACCAUAGCUGUAGCAUCAAUGCAGAAUACAAUGUGACAGAUCGGUUUGAAGAUAUAAAUUUGUUGAACACAGAAAGAGAAAACAGUGAUUUGAUUGAUGACUUAGAUGACUUGACAUUUUUUGCAUCCGUGCCAGAAACAGAGGUUUGUGGUGAAUACAGAAAAAAUGAUAGGCGUCUUAUGAAUAUCGAGGCUGUAACACAAUGCAGCAGUGACAAAGAACCAGAAGAGUCCACAAAUAAUAGCAGCAAUGAGGUUUUGGACAACAUAGACCAAUUCCUUCUAGAAGAAGGAGUAGUUGCUGAUAAUGAAGAUUCUGAUGAUAUGAUGAUGAAAUCAACACAAAGAUUCAUACUGUCACCUCUGUCAGAUAUCAGCUUUGGAAACAACCCCAGUGUGCAAAUGAGUACAAUUUCUCCCAGAAAAACCUCAAAAGUUAAAAUGAUAGUUCAAGAAAUGGAGCAAAGAAAACACCCUUCUAACAAUUCUGAUUAUAAAAAGUCUGUCCAAAGCCCAUUGUCUUCUGACUGGUCAGACUACAAACAAGAUAGUGAGGAAAGCUCAAAAAGUGACACAUUACAAGGAUCCAGUGAUAUUAUAACAGAAAGUGGGGAUGAAAAAAUACAGGAAAAACCCAUUAAAACUGGUUAUGUUAGAAGAGCAAUUGAAAGGCUUUAUGGUAAAUCAGAGUCCAAAGUCAGUCCUUGUAAUACUGCAGUCUGUGCCUCAACCAAAAAAGUUGUACAGAAAAGUCCUAAUGAAACCAUUAAAACUGCAAUGAAGGAAAAUGUUGCUUGCAAUCAUCAAUCCUCAUCAAAAGAAAAUAUGAUGAGGACUUUGUCUAGUCCUAACAACUGUUAUAAAGAUAAAUCUUCAAAAGACUGCACAAGCAGCUUAAAAAGUGCAUCUUUUCCAAUUUUGGAGCCUGCAUAUUCCCCAAAUAAUGCAUUAGGUGUUAAACCCUCAAAUAAAGGUGGUCUUAUCAACACAAGCUCAGAAACAAAUGAUGGUGUUCUAAUAGAUAAAGGCAGAUGGCUUCUGAAAGAAGAUAAUUUGGUAAGGAUGUCACCUCCACAAGCCAUUGGAAUGUAUGGUCAUUUAGAUACAACCUCCAUUGACACAUUUCUUGACACUACAAGUGACGAGGUUCCUUACUCAAGUUAUGUUGGUAAGAUGAAUCAGCAGUUGCCUCUUGCAGACGUAUCGUCAUCUGAAAUUGAAGAUAUGGUUAGGCCGCAUCACUGUAAUUAUUUUAACAUGCCUCACGGGAGUGAUUCAGAACCAUUUAAUGACACAUUUAAUGUAAAAGCAGAAUGCAGACCCAAAUCAUCAGAAAUGUUUGUGAAAAUCAAAUCACGAGACUCUGAUUCACCAUCCUCAAGAUCUUUAUUGAAAUAUGGUGGAAAAAGUGGAAGCCUUCCAUCUUUUGCCACAGUGGAUCUGCACUUUUCAGAUAACAAAGUACAUCCUGUGUCACAUCCUGAAGGUCAGAAGGACGAUGUAGGUCAACCAACCCAACAUAGCACGAUGAGCAGGGGGCAAGUAAAGGAGCAAGAUUCCCUGGAUAAGCUUCAUUUUAUUUGUGGUCAGCACUGCCCAAUACUGACUGCAAUAAUCAUUCCCAUAAAUGAAGAAAACAGAGGCUUUGUUUACCAAAGCACAUGUGACAUAGAGAAUUUAUUAAUCCAAUGUCCAAUACCCCAAUUAAAACUGCAUAGACCCUCUGUAGAGGUGAGAUUAUUAAAAGACAUGAAUAACAACAUGAUCUCAAACUAUAACAAUACUGCAAGUAAUGUUUACUUCUGCAGAGCUAACAUGACCUGUGAAUUUGGAUCUAAUGGAAAUACAGAGGUAGUUAACAAAGAUGAAAUAGUAAAGAAAUUCAAUCAAUAUGUAUUAAAAAAAUGGUUGAGAUCCACAUUUAGAAUGCUCAGUGAUAAUUCAAAUAUACAGUACAGUACAACAUCAACAAAAAAUAUAACUCCAGAUAUUCUGCAUAUACAGAUAGAUGAAAAUAACAAUGUCUUGCAUCAUAUUGAAAUAUUUUAGAAAAAAAUACAAAAAACAUAAACAAUUUUAAAAAUGCAAUAAGGGAAGCAAAUGUCAGCUCUGUGCCUACAUAUUAUACUUUAUAAUUAUUUUUAAUCAAACAUAGUUUUUGUUGAUUUUUAUAAAGUACCUUUGUAUGUACAGUGUGAUCUUGUAACUUAGUAUUAUGUCAAAAGCCAAUUGAGAAAUUGUAUUUUGAAGAUGUCUAAAGUUUGGGAACAAAAAAAAAAAAGGGAAUUAAUCUAGAUAAAGGAGAUAAUCUAGAUCAUGUGUUCAAACAUCUAAAGGGUAAUUUAAUGGUAAACCAUGCAAUAAAAAACAUAGAGCGCCAAGUGCCUGGCAUUGUGCAGUGUGGGACUCCUUAUCAUAGUACAGUGCCAGUACAUAUUUGUCAUGCCCUGGCCACAAUUAAUGAGAGUUACACUCCUGGGCAGCAGUGGCUAUUUCUCAAUUUAUUUAACUCCUCUCCCAUUACUGAUAUGCCUGGAGAGAUGAUGUAUAGACAGAAUCAAACUGUCUCUAUAUCCCCAACUUCUCUCCAGACAUCAUCAAUCUUGCAUCAAUCUUGUACAUGUAUGUUACUGUCCAAAAACAAGAAGGCACAACGGCUAGCCGUAACCUUAACAAUAAAAUCACAUGCCAUAACACUGAUGGAUGUCUUGUGUUAAAUUAUGAUGUCUUCAGAAUCCCCUAAUAAUGACAUUAUUUUUCCAUUAUACUUGUUUCACACUUGCUAUCCUCCCAGCAUUUAAUGAUUUAUAUAGUAAAGCUACUACAUUAAGAACUAAUGACGGAUAAAACAUCCAAUCUUUCAUUAAUGAAGCCACAAGUAGUAAGUUAAAAAAGGGACAUACUAAACAGAAUAUUGGGAUGGUGGGAUGAUGGGAUGAUUGGCUGCAAUGCUCAGUAAUUUCAUCAGGUGUCACUAUACUUUCCACACACAUACCUGGUAAUGAAUCUGAUGUAACUCAAAGAAUGUUGGUAACUGCUGCUGCAAAUAUAAUGGAAAUAUUAGGUGUAGAUAAUCCAAUAGAAAACCAAAAUAAUGCUAUUAGAAUAUGUUUAAAGAUAAAAACACUGAUGACAAUUCUCAUCUUUUUCCACUCAUUUGUAAAAAUUGUUUUCAUGUAUUGACAUAUGUAAACUGCCACAUUUCUACAAUUAUACCAUAUUUUAUUUAUAAUAUAAUGAUCAGUAUAAAGCAGGUGUGUCCGAAAAGGUAGACCCCCAGAUGUUGUAGAAUUACAACACCCAUGAUGCUUUGCAUGCCUAUGCAUGCAUUUAGAAUGACUAAGCAUCAUGGAAGCUGCAGUCUUAAAACGUCUGGAGAUCUACCAUUUGGGCACUCUUGGUAUAAAGGGUGCUAACAAUGUAUCUUUCUGUAAGUCAGAAUGGUUACAUCUGUUCCGGUAUACAGUACAUACUUUUAUUAUGUGCCUACACAUUUUUAUAAUUUUAUAGGGAUUAUAAUACUAUGAUUAAGGUUGAUAGUUCAUAUGAAACUAAAUACUCAGACAGUUUAUCAAACUGAAGUUUUCUAGUUUUGUCCUAUAAGCUGAUUAUAUUUACCUAUAAUGCAGUUAGUACUUUUAAAUUCCUUUGUAAAUCAUUCAUAUAUAAAGAAUAUUUUUGAACACAUAUCGGUUCUUUUAAAUUACAGCCGUUUUAAGCAAAUUUUCUGUUAUAACACAUGAUUUGUAGGAAGAUCAUGUUACUGUAUAGUAAACCAGUUUUGUUUAAUUCACUGUAAAAUAUUUAUUUUUAAAUGUAUUGCUGUAGGAAUAGAAUUAAAAUCUUCGUUUCACUAUUCAUAUUUCUGUAGAAACUAAUUUUAUGUUAUGUUAAAACAAAACCCCAAGGUUCCUAAAGUAAAGUAUUUUUAAUUGAGUGCAAUUUAUAUUAAUAAUAAUAAUAAUAAUUAGUAUUAAUAUAGUUAUUAUAGUCAUUAUUUUUAUGUUUAAAACAGACACCAGACAAUGAAUGCAUUUUAACAUGACUAUAUUUGUGAUAAAAUGCUGCAGAGUAGUUAGAAGUAAAUGUUAAAGGGGUACUCCAAACUAGCAUUUAAUGCACAAUGGAAAUAUGUAUUACAAUAUGUAAAAAUAACCAAUCCAAAAUCAUAACAGAUACAUACUAUUAAAGUUCUUUCAUUUUGUGAAAAAACUCUAAUAUUCCAUGUACUGGCAAGAAUCGUGUACAGACAUGUGGUGCUGUGAUUUGAACAGAGAUUUAGAUUAUAGCUGAAUUAGUGAUGGUAAAUCUCUAUUAGCAAGGAAAAGGGGCGCCCUUGCUACAUAACCUAUGCAAGGAGUAUAGGUUGCUAUGGUGCCUGUAAUGUCCCUUUAAGCCAUGUGUGUGUGAACUUCUAUUAUUAUUAUGUAAAAAUAAACCUCUUCACUGGUGUAUCCAACCAUGGUACUCCAGGCGUGCUGUUAGACUUAAAAUCAUAUGAUUGUGAUUGACAGAACAUUUUAGAAAUUACUCAGCUGGAAGACGAGGUUUGAACACAAGUGUUCUACAAAAUGGUGCAUAUAUUUCAUUCCAUUUCCAUGAUUUUUACCUAUUGUCUAUCAUUCUAUUGUGAUAUGAUGUGUUAUAUGUAAACGUAUACUGUGAACUGUCUUUGUGUACACAAAUACAUUUUGUUUUUUGCAAACCUAUUAAGAUGCUAUGAGUUUCCAAUUUGUUUUUGAAAAGUGGAUUGGUGUGACAUUUGUCUUGAUGGGAAUGAAAGAGAAAUAAUUAAAACAAGAUUAAUAAGUCUCUAGAAGAGGUAGAACUGAAAUGGAAAGACCUCAUGCAUCAAUAUCACCUCGUACAAUGCUAGACAUAGAUUAACAUUCACAAUCUGGUAAAACAAACAUUGAACUUCUCAUUCACAUGUCUGCUUCUCAAUGAGAGUAGUGGUGUAUAAUACCCAAUAAUAGUAUCAUGGAAGCAUGCUUUCUUAUUCCUCUAAUAACAGCAUUUAUGUGCUACAGGGAUGUUUUUGUAGCAUGCUGAGAUAAAUUCCGAAGCUGAAACUUUUACUAGGAAAACCUUGUUCCUCUGUUAGAGAACAUACACCCAACUUGUAAUUGUCCUAUUUAUAGUUGCAUCCCCCCCUCAUAAUAUUGUAAAGCGCUACAGAAUCUGUUGGCUCUAUAUAAAUGGCGAUCAUAAUAAUAAUAAUAACCACACUAUUAUGACCAAAAAUACAAAGAAAUUUGAUAUUUUGUUGUAAAUUCAACAUUUUGUAUUAAUAAUCAGUUAUCAAUAAUUCAUCAUUCCCAAUAAUAUUUUAAAUAGUAAAUAAUUAAUAAUCACUUCAUUUGUUUUACAUUUCCAUGUUUAAUUGUUAAAAAGCUAUGUGAAGAAGAUGUGUCUGGGGUUUUUUAGUCUUGCUUAGAAAGAAAGUUUGUAGUCUUCACAGCUUGAUCAUCCAUCAUGACUCAAGGAGGGGUUUCCCCUCUCACUCACCACAACACUAUCUCGGGAGAUCUGUACCCCCAUCUCCCAUUUCCUAUACCCAUGGUUAAGGGCAGACUGUAAGUUGGCCUAUAACAGGUUACAUUUGAAUGCUUUACAUAAAGGGUCAUUAACUAAACUCUGAAUUUUCACAAAUUAAAUCUAUAAUACAAAAUUGAGUCAAAACUAUCCAAGAUGUGAUUGUAGCUAAGCUGGGCAUUAUUCAGAUCAGUUAUUCUUACCCCAGCGUUGUCAUGUGGAAUAUAUCAGAGGAAAUUCUAAGUUUAAUGAUUAGUAGAGUUAUCCCACAUAGCAACUAAGAAAUAGGGUUAUAAGGAAGGUUUACUAGAUAAACACUAUUACUUAUAGUAUUUCACAAAAGUAAGUACACCCCUCACAUUUUUGUAAAUUUUUUAUUAUAUCUUUUCAUGUGACAACACUGAAGAAAUUAAACACUACUAUAAUGUAAAGUAUUAAGCAUACAGCCUGUAUAACAGUGUAAAUUUGCUGUCCCCUGAAAAUAACUCAACACACAGCCAUAAAUGUCUGAACCGUUGGCAACAAAAGUGGGUACACCCCUAAGUGGAAAUGUCCAAAUUGGGCCCAAUUAGCCAUUUUCCCUACCCGAUGUCAUGUGACUCAUUAGUGUUACAAGGUCUAAAUUUGGAGUUAUCCCUCUUACACUCUGUCAUACUGGUCACUGAAAGUUCAACAUGGCAGGCCAUGGCAAAGAACUCUCUGAGGCUCUGAAAAAAAAUCAUUGAUGAUCUACAUAAAGAUGACUUAGGCUAUAAGAAGAUUGCCAAGACCCUGAAACUGAGCUGUAGCAUGGUGGGCAAGACCAUACAGCGGUUUUACAGGACAGAUUCCACUCAGAACAGGCCUCACCAUGACUGACUUUAGAAGUUGAGUGCAUGUGCUCAGCAUCACAUCCAGAGGUUGUCUUUGGGAAAUAGACAUAUGAGUGCUGCCAGCAUUGCUGCAGAGGUUGAAGGGGUGGGAGGUCAGCCUGUCAGUGCUUAGACCAUAUGUUGUCCCAGAAGGUAGCCUCUUCUAAAGAUGAUGCACAAUAACUAAGUCUGAUGAGACCAAGAUAAACUUAUUUGGUUCAGAUGGUGUCAAGCGUGUGUGGCGGCAACCAGGUGAAGAGUACAAAGACAAGUGUGUCUUGCCUACAGUCAAGCAUGGUGGUGGGAGUAUCAUGGUCUGGGCCUGCAUGAGUGCUGCAAGCCUUUGGAAGCUACAGUUCAUUGAGGGAACCAUGAAUGCCAACAUGUACAAUGAGAUACUGAAGCAGAGCAUGAUCCCCUCCCUUCGGAGACUGUGCCACAGGGCAGUAUUCCAACAUGAUAACGACCAGGGCCGGUGCAAGGAUUUUUGGAUACAUAGACGAAGAUACAUUUUUCCACCCCUCCAAAAAAAAAUAACAUCUUCACCGAUGUGCCUCUUAACCAGCCCUUCUCCCUUCCCCAUCCAUUAGUGGUCCCUCCCUUCCCUUCCCUGUCCCUUAGUGUUCUUCUCCCCUCUCCCCUUUUUUUCCUGUCCCUUGGUGUUCCUCUCCCCUCCCUUCCCUGUCCCUUGGUGCACCUCCACCACCUUAGUGGUCACACUCCCCUUCCUGGUGUACCUCUUGUAGCAUUGCCGAGCAGAGCAGAUCCCCUACAGGAGCUUCAUUUUUCUGUACCCGGCCAGACUGACAGGGAGUGCUCUCUCAGUGAGCACCUCCUGUCAGUCUGGCCGGGUACAGGAAACAGAAGCUCCUGUACCGCUCUCCGCUCCGCCAUGCUACACUCAGUGGUGUAUACACAUUGACAAUCACAAAAAAAUGGAAAGUACAAGUGCUUAUUUAAAUAAUUAAUAUCCUUAUAUCCUUAUGUAUACCAAAUUUCAGUGAGCUGCUAUUACACCAUGGUUAUCUUUCUAUCAGAAAUUAUGGAGAGAAGGAGUUUCAGGUGUAGCGCUCUAAUGAAUUAUAGUGGAUAUGAUAGUGUAUAAUUUAAAACAGGAUAUACCUUAAGGAAUCGUGUACACUUCUAUGAAGUCCCAACACUUUAAAAUGAACCUUAAAUAGGAAACAUAAACAUACACAACAUAGUGCAACUUGUUUACAACAAUUGAAGCUAAAAAAGGUAGAUGUGCAAACUGCUAACUCACACUUUUCUGAGCUAAAACACUAGCUCAGGUAUAUGCGCCUUAGGGUCCGUUGAGGUGACCCUCACCCUCCUUAGGAUCCAAAUUUCUCCCGGGGUUAUGUCACUAGGAAAUCACUAAGACUAAUUAAACUGAAGGUAAAGGUGAUGGACUGGCCAAGCAUAUCUCCAGACCUGAACCCUAUUGAGCAUCUGUGGGGUAUCCUCAAACGGAAGGUGUUGGAGCGCAAGGUCUCUAACAUCCACCAGCUCUGUAAUGUUGUCAUGGAAGAGGACUCCAGUGGCAACCUGUGAAGCUCUGGUGAACUCCAUGCCCAUGAGGGUUAAGGCAGUGCUGGAAAAUAAUGGUUGUCACACAAAAUAUUGACCCUUUGGGCCCAAUUUGGACAUUUCCACUUAAGGGUGUACUCACUUUUGUUGCCAACGGCUUAGACAUUAAUGGUGUGUUGUUAUUUUGAGGGGACAGCAAAUGUACACUGUUAUACAGGCUGUACACUUACUACACCUUGUUCCAAAUUAUUAUGCAAAUACUAUUUAAGUGUCACAUAGAUUAAAUAUUUUGUUUUUCAAUUUAACUCAUGGAUGGCAUUGUGUCUCAGUGCUCUUUUGAUCACUGAAAACAAUCUCGGACACCUGUGAUAAUUAGAUUGCAAGGUGAGCCCAAUUUAAGGAAAAACUACUAAAGGAGGGUGUUCCACAUAAUUAAGCAGAGCACCAUUUUCAUGCAAUAUGGGGAAGAAAAAGGAUCCCCCUUCUGCCGAAAAGAGUGAAAUAUCCCUUGGACGAGGGAUGAAAACAUUAGAUAUGUCACGAAAACUUAAGCGUGAUCAUCGCACUAUUAACAGAUUUGUGACUGAUUCAGAGCACAGACGGGUUCGUGCAGAUAAAGUCACAUUGAGGAAGAUUUCUGCCAGAUCCAUGCAUCGGAUCAAGAGCAGCUGCUAAAAUACCAUUACAUAGCAGCAAACAGAUAUUUGAAGCUGCUGGUGCCUCUGGAGUCCCACGGACAUCAAGGUGUAAAGUCCUCCAGAGUCUUGCAACUGUGCAUAAACCUUCUAUUCGGCCACCACUAACCAAUGCUCACAAGCAGAAACGGCUGCAUUGGGCAGAAAAAUACUUGAAGACUAAUUUUUAAACAGUCCUGUUCACUGAUGAGUUCUGUGCAACCCUUGAUGAUCCAGAUGGAUGGAGUAGUGGAUGGUUGGUGGAUGGCCACCCUGUUCCAACAAGGCUGCGACGUCAGCAAGGCGGUGGUGGAGUCAUGUUUUGGGCCGGAAUCAUGGGAAGAGAGCUGGUCUGCCCCUUUAGGGUCUCCGAUGGUGUAAAGAUGACCUCUGCAAAGUAUGUGGAGUUUCUGACUGACCACUUUCUUCCCUGGUACAGAAGGAAGAACUAUGCUUUCCGUAAUAAAAUCAUCUUCAUGCAUGACAAUGCACUAUCUCAUGCUGCAAAGAAUACCUCUCCAUCAAUGGCUGCUAUGGUGAUAAAAGGAGAGAAAGUCAUGGUGUGGCCUCCAUCCUCCCCUGACCUCAAUCCUAUUGAGAACCUUUGGAUAAUCCUCAAGCAAAAGAUCUAUGAGGGUGGGAGGCAGUUUACAUGCAAACAGCAGCUCUGGGAGGCUAUUCUGACUUCUUGCAAACAAAUUCAAGCAGAAACUGUCCAAAAACUCACAAGUUCAAUGGAUGCAAGACUUGUGAAGCUGCUAUCAAAUAAGGGGUCCUAUGUGUUAAAAUGUUUAAAAAGUUAAAAUGUUAUAAGUUUGAUUGAAAUUGCUUUUGAUUUCAGUAAAUAUGCUGCAAACACAACAAAUGACAAUUUUCAGUUCUUUACAACCUAUAAAGUGUUUUGAAACUUACUGUGUGUAAUAAUUUGGAACAGUGCAUUGCAAGUUUUUUAUGUUUAAAAAAAAAUACUGUUAUCAUUAGGAGGUUUGCUCAAAAAAAUUUGAAUUUUACUCUUAAUAGUUGAUAACAUGAGAAUUAUGCUGACUGUUAUUUACAUAAAUUAUUUAGGUAAAUGAGAAAAAUAUAAUUUGCAUAAUAAUUUGGAACAGGGUGUACUUUACAUUGUAGCAGAGUGUAAUUUCUUCAGUGUUGUCACAUGAAAAGAUAUAAUAAAAUAUCUACAAAAAUUUGAGGGGUGUACUCACUUUUGUGAGAUAUUGUAGCUUAAACUACAAUAAAAAGUAUAUAGGAAGCAUACUAUAAGUACAUAUAUUCAUAGGAAGCAUAUUACACGUACAUAAGUAUAUAAACAUAUAGAGGGAAACUUUUGUUUUAAUAUUGGCUGAGCUGUGUAUCUAGCACAAAAAAAAAUAUUAUUAAACUUUCAACAGGCUGUGAAAGUGAAAGGGUUCAUUAAUAGCCUUUAGGGAUGAAGACCUCCAAGGCGGAACAAGUUACAUAGUUACAUAGUUAUACAGGCUGAAAAAAAUAUUUAGUCCUAAAUCUAAUGUUUUUGCAAGAAUUUAUUCGGAUGCUAUUUAAACAUCUCUACAGACUUUGAUCAAACCAUCUCUUCAGGCAGAGAAUCCCAUGUCCUUAUGGUUCUUAUAGUAAAUAAUGAUUUUAUUUGCCCUAUACUAAAUCUCAUUUCUUCCAGUCUAAAUAGGUGACAUUGAGUCCUAUAUAUAAUCCUGUUUAUGAAUAAGUUUCCAGACAAUAAUUUGUAAUGGCACCGAAUAUAUGUAUUUGAUCAUAUCUGGGGUGCCUUUUUCCUAAACUAAACAGAUUUAAAUUUGUUCGCCUUUCUUUAUAACUAAAAUAAUGCCAUUCCUCUGAUUCAUUUUUUUAGCCCACCUCUGAACUCUUUCUAUUACCAUAAUCUCAUUCUUUAAUUUAUACAUUUUAUUUUUCAGAAAGGGUCAUUAAUUAUCGGGAUAAAAAUAUUAUUUCGAAAAGCAAAAAAGAGGUGCCAAAGAUACUUUUUACGCUUAGCUAAUGAAAUCAACUAGAUACUACUAGAUGUAUCCUGGGCUGAACCCUUACAUCAAAAUGAAAGAGAAAAGAGAAGGAGGAAAGUCAAUAAAAUAUUCAUCUCGUAUGGAUCUACUGAACUUACAAUAAUCAAGUGCUUUUAGUUUGCCCAGAUAUUUUUUUAUUUAAGCACAAUGAAUACUUUACAGUCUCAGCAGAUCCAUAGGAGAGGAAAUACUAGUGGAUGGAAUCUUUUAUUGAAAUCCCUAAUUUUCUUUACUCUUUGUUUUUCGUUUGAUCAAUCCUUCUCUGGAUAGCAGAAAAAUAGAAUAUACCAUGACCACCAGUCUGUUCCAACCACUACAGUCAUCAUAUAGCAGACGGGAAGCUUUCAUUUCAUACUGCAAACUGAUUUGCAUGACUUUGAAAUAUCUGUGUUCUAUGUCUUAAUAAGUAACUUAUUUGUAAGAUUUUUUUGUUCUUUUGUUAUGAUCCUUGAACCUUAAUAAAAACUGAUUGACUACUAUAUAUUGUAGAGAAGAGGAGAAUAAACAUCAAAACAUACAAUUUGUUGCCAAUGCAAAUUAUUACGACAGCAAGACAGAAAACAAUAGUACAUAUUACCUCCGUUCACACCAUAAGAUACACAAUCAGUUUUUAAUGUAUAUUUAGUCAAAUAUCAAAUCUUUGUUUAAAAAAUAAAUAAAAAAAUGUCCACCAACCAAUUCUCAGUCCAUCUGAAACCAUACCACCCCUUGGUUUGGAGUAAAGAUCUUCUAUACUGUCAAUGAGUGCUUGGCCUUAUAUUUAUAUCUAAUAUUUGUUUCCCAAUCAUUAUGAGUGCAAUGGUUAAACACAGAUGACUGGUAGUUCUAUCAGACGUUAUUUCUACCGAUAUUGAAGAAAGUUAUAUUCUUGCCAGCUGUCAGACAUUAAAUUGUGUCUUGUCAUGUUCUGCAUCUGUUUCAUUUUCCAUUGAGAUACUAUUGAAGGUAUUUAAGACCGCUUUGUUUUGAGAGUUACAACUCUCAGUCUGAAUAUUCUUGACUCCAUUUGUGAUUCAACUAACUUCAUUUGAUUAUAAGUCCUUGAAGGUGGCCCUCUUAAAAGGCUCAAUAACACUAUAUCAGCUGCAUAUCACAUAUUCAGAUGGGUAAUGCCACCACUCAACACAUAAACUUAUGUAUCACUAUAUGUUGUCUAUACUCUGUAAUCCAUGAUCUCAGUUUAUAGACGAUGACAGCCAGGGCCGGCCAAGACAUUGUGCUGCCUAGAUCCAAGUAUGAAAUGCGCCUCUUCCCCCCAACAAAAUCCCAACAACAAACCCCCAACAUAUAUGCUUCUGCAAUGGUAAUGUCUCUAUGCUGGGGAUGUAGUGUGUCUGUGUGUGUGCUGGGGAUGAAGUGUGUGUCUGUGUGUGUGCUGGGGAUGUAGUAUAUGUCUGUGUGUGCUGGGGAUGUAGCGUGUGUCUGUGUAUGCUGGGCAUGUAGCUUGUCUGUGUGUGCACUGCAGCCAAAUACACUUACCUAUACACUGUGUCUGUGUACUUAGCAUGUGUGUCAGUGUUUGUAUCUGUUUGUCUAUAUAUCUGCAUGUGUGGCAGUGUUUGUGUGUCUGUAUAUCUGCAUGUGUAUCAAUGUAUCUGUGCAACUGUAUGUGUGUCAGUAUAUGUAUCAAAAACUGACACACAUGUAGAUACUGACACACAUACAGAUGUACAGACACACUGAUAUGCCUGCAGAUACAGACAUACACACAGACACAUACAGACACUAACACUUACAGAUACACACACUGCCACACACACUGAUACACAUUACACACAUACAGUAUACACAAACUACACAUACACAGAUACACACUACACACACUACACACACAAACACACACACACACAAUACACACACUACACAUACACAGAGACACACUUCUAAACACACACUACAAACAUUACAAACAUACAAACACACAGAUACCCACACUACAUACAGAUAGCCACACUACACAGAUACACAUACAGAUACACACACGACACAGAUAAACACACAUUACAAUCAUACAAACAGAUACACACACUACACAUACACAGAUACACACAUACAAACACACAUACAGAUACACAAACUACACAGAUAUCCACACUACAUACAGAUACACACACACACACACUACACAUACACAAACACACAGACACCCACACUACAUACAGUUACACCCACAUUACACACAUACAAACAGAUACACACACACAAACACACAGACACCCACACUACAUACAGUUACACCCACAUUACACACAUACAAACAGAUACACACACACACACACACAAACAAACACACACAUAUAAAAAAAUUAAGCCACCCAACAGGUUCUUACCUUCUGCUGGCUGUGGCUAGUGUAAAUUGGGGGCCUGCUCUGCCAAUCCGGCCCCAUCCUCACUGCUCCCUCCUCCUCUUACACUGUCACUUCCUCCCAGCUCUCCAUGUGAAUAGGAAGGGGCCAGGUCACGCUGUUAAAGCGCCACAGUGCACGACCGGGCCCCUCAUUGCACAUGUCCAUCAGUUGGCCCUAAGGCUUAUUUCACAAAACAUUAUGUCCAGGAAAAUAGCUCAAGGAAUCUUGGAUUAUUCCAUACUACUCUGGAUAUUAGAGGGCAGUAAAUCAUUGGAUGAUUUGAAUGAAAGUUACACUUAAGUAAGAUACCAAAGUUGAGACUAGAAAUGUAGAAAGUAAAUGGCAGCCUAAUCCCUCUGAGGAAUACUAGAUAUGAGCCUCAAUCAAUAAGGAUGUUUAACAAUUAGCUUUAUUCCAAAGUGAAAAACAGCAGUGAGGGCUUUCAGGGGGAGGAACAAGCCAGAUGUGACAUUCCUUUAUGUGCUUUAUUGAGUGGGCAGCGAUCAUUAGCAGCGGUGUGCUGAGAGUAGUGUGGGGAGUACCUUUCUAAGUCUUGCUAGUAUAGUACAACCAAGCAGGAUUGCUCAUUGGAAUAUAUAUUUGUGCAGUCUUUUAACAGGAAUCCCAAUAAGUGAUCUGUGAGAGGAGGAGUGAGAACAUGAUGUAACAUAAUAUCUCGCCCAUCUCUCAUCUCACAUACUAACUUCUUCUGGAACAACACUGAAGAGACCAGGUGGAGUGCAAUGCAUUUCUCUGCUGCGGUCAAGAGUCCAGAUUGGAGGAGAGGAUAUAGGGAGAUACUAAUUGUGCCAGGGAAAUUGAGUAAUACACAACUGUAAUAUAGUGAUGGAAAGAUACCUGAGAUGCUGAGCUACACAGAGAUACUGUUAGAGUAAAAAAAGGAAAUGAAUGUGGAUAAAAUGGGGCAGGCAGAGUUAAGUGAGCGUUAAGAGGCACAAGUGAGAGAAAGACACAGACAUAAGAGAGCAGUUAGGUGCAGCCUAAUACUGAAACACCCAGUACAAAUAUUUUGGACAUAUAAUGAAUAAAACUUAUUUGUCAAGUCAUCAAAAAUGAGGGUGAGCUUUGGGUGUCAUUAAAACAUGGAGCGCCUUAAUGUUCAAGUGCACCCAAUUCCUUGUUUGUGCAAACACCACUUAUAUAUGAUACAUACUUGUGAAUAAAGCAGCCACAUCUCUUCCAGUUGAGAACUUCACACUCAGAAAUAUUGCACAUAACAAGAAAGAGCGAUAGAAAAAACAUGGUCUUAAAUAUACAACAAACUAGUAUUAAUCAUGUUUCUGUUUAGCCUUAACCACACCUCGCCUGACUGUGACUGCAUGAAAACAGUGGUUUUAUUUUUAAUCAGAUGCUCACUUGCUUUGGAAGUUUUUAUUUCCUGUUUUCUAAACUGAACUUUAAUCACUCCACCUGUUGGGUCUAAAAGGCUAUUAACAGAGCAGGAGAUAAUACAUUCUAGAUUAAACAGACUGUGCAGUAAAGGAACCUAAUUUAUAUAGGUUCAUUUUCAGGAAGUGUUUAGGAAAGCUGUGCAAGCCACAUGCAGGGAGAUGUGAAUAGGGCUGUGUAAAUAAAAUGGCAGAGGAUUGAGCAGUGAGAUUGCAGUGCUCUGAUCUAUGUACCAAAAAAGUAGUUUUGGUGCCUAUAGUGUCUCUUUAAUAUUAAUUUAGUGUGAUUUGAAGCUAUUACAUGUUUAAUUAGAAUUAUAUUUAUUUACUUAGAUAUAUGAGAUGCAUUCACUUUUUAAUGUGCCAAAAACAUAAUCUUCGCAAUCCUUGUUGUAUCUUGUGCACAUGACUCUUCAGCUGGAAAGUGGAAAGUAUCAAUCCUUACCAGUGACAUUCCUUCUGCUGGAACUACGUCUCAGGUCUACAUAACAUUUUAUGGACAUCUGAAAGCUUCGGAGCCGGUAUUCCUAUAUAGUAAUGAAGACGAUGCAUUCCAGAGUGGUCAUGAAGAUACCUUUCAGGUGGGUAAAUGUUGUGAUAUUUACAUAUAGGGAAUCAUAUACAUAGGAUAAAUGUUAUCUAAUUUGUAUGCACGACAUCCAGUAGGAGAUAUGAUCUCAUAAUACCUGUUUUCAGUGUGCUCAGCUCACAAUUAAUUGCUACAAAUUAUUGUAUUCAUUAAAAUAAUAAAAUAAUUAACACCAAAAAUAAUGUUUUUUAAUGUAUUUAAACUCUGUCAUAAAACAUUUUACUGUCUCAUUUUAUUGUCAAUUGUUAAAGGAGCUCUCUAAGCACCAUAACCUCCUGUAGCUCCUGGCACUCUCCCUCGGUUAAAUAUAAAACUUUAAAAUCAGUGUGAUAUAGCCGAAGUGUCCCUCCAUUAACCUCCUCCACUGCUUUUCACUAAAUCUUGAUGACAUGGAUCGUCAGAGUGCUGCGCUAACAUGUCAUCAGCACUCUCAGCCAAUCAAUAUCAUCCAUUUCAGACAAAAUGGACAUUUUUAAUGUGGAAAUGUUAGCUGGGCAUUAUCAAAUUGAUCAAGGUGAGGAAGUUAUAUAUUAGUGUUCUGUGGUCAGGCUACCAGCAGAUGGCAGCAUUAUGAAAACUGGUGUCCAAAUGUUCUAUUUGUAUGUGAUACUCCUUUGUAUUAUUAGAUACCCUAUUUGUUCUUGUUGUUCUGUGUAGUAAAGUAAAUAAAUAAGUUAGCUUCUGCCUGUCAGUGUAUGAGUUAAACAAUAUAAUAAACCAGUUUCAAAGUAUUGAUUAUGUCCAUGUGACCUCAUUGCUCAAUUCUCUGCCAUUUAGGAGUUAAAUCACUUUGUUUAUACAGCCCUAGUCACACCUCCCUCCAUGUGACUUGUACAGCCUUCCUAAAUACUUCCUGUAAAGAGAGAUCUGAUGUUUAAACUUCCUUUAUUGCACAUCCUAGGAUUUUUUUAGAUGUCUUAUCUCCUGCAAUGUUAGUAGCUUGCUAGACCCUGCAGGAGCCUCAUGUGUGUUCAAUUUACAGAGCAGUAAAUACAACUUCUAAAGUAAGUUAAGUCCUUAUUGAAAAUUAAUAAUUUUUUUAUGCAGGCUGUGACAGUCACAGCCAGGAAAGAUGUUGCCAGGGCUACAUAAACAGAAACAAAAGUGAUUUAACGUCUAAAUGGCAGAGAAUUGAACAGUGAUAUCACAGGGCCAUAAUCCAUACACUAAAAAUGCCUCAUUGAGCUAAAGAAGUCGUGAUGCCUAUAAUAUCAAACCAUCCUGAAACUGUAUGUCAUGAAACCAAACUAUAGCAAAAGGAGGCUCUCUGCACACAAACUAGUAGAACAAAAAAUAUUCCAAAUAAUAUUAAGUAAUACAUGGACUAAUUUGAUGAAAUAUGUUUGUUUGUUUAUAAUUAGAUUAACAUUGGAGAUAUUGGAGAAAUUUAUAAAAUACGUGUUGGACAUGAUAAUUCUGGAGAAUCUCCUUCCUGGCACUGUGAAGCGGUAAAGUUACUUCUCAGUAUCCAAAUGAAAAAUCAUAUUAUGCAGAAUAUACUUUGUAAAAAAUUUCAAUAAAACUAUCUUUAAAAAAUUAUUAAAGUCAUCAAAUUGUAUAAAGCACUGCAAAUAUUAAUUCUCUCAUCAAAUAAAAGUUAACAUUUCAUUGUGAUAAUUUAAAACCCAUAAUAUGUUACAGCUUAAUAAAUACAUAGCAAAAAUACCAGCAUUACUUGGCUCCUAGAGUAAAUAUAGCCUUGCUGGGUUAGAAAAGAGUUUAACAUACCUCCUGUGAUAUCCUUGAACAUUUGAAUCUAAGCUAAAUGCAGAUAGCUUCUGGCUCUCAUAGAGAAGGUAACUAGUGUACAGCAGACCUCAGGUAAGUUGUCAAACCGUUACCUUUAGAAACUGGUUUGACUAGUUACAUUGGGGAAUACAAAAACCAAGAGAUAAGUUAGCGCUAGAGUCCAUGUGCAAGAUACCUUAUAGUCGAAAGUUUAUUUCGCAUGAAAUAUAGAUUAAUUAUGCAUAAUGAAGCAGAAUAUUCAUGCAAUAUUAAAAUUUUUGGUCAAUUAAUUCCAUUACUCCAAGCUAAAGGGACACUUCAGGCACUCAGACCACUUCAGCUCAUUGAAGUAGUCUGGGUGCUGUGACUCUUUUACACUUAGUGCUACAAUGUAAAACAUUGCAGCUCUAAGUCUGCCCUCUGUGGAUGUCUAACAGACAGCCACUAGAGGGCUUCUGAAAUCCAAAUGGCCUUUUGGACCGUUAUCUGAUGCUGAAUGUUCUCACAGACCUCCAGCGUCAGAUUUUCCCCAUAGGAAAGCAUUGAAUAAUGCUUUUCUAUGGGGAGGUCUAAUGCGUGCGCGGCCAUUGCUGCACAUGCGCAUUUGAUCUCCCACGCUGGCUGACGUCGGCUGACGUGGGGGGAGCCAGACCCAGCACGGAGGGAUAUCGGCACUGGAUUCAGGUAAGUGGCUGAAGGGGAGGACAAGGGAGGGGGGCACUCCAGGAGCCUAUAGUGCCAGGAAAACGUUCCUGGUACUAUAGGAUCCCAUUCAUUGAACUUGUACUUUUUUCAUACCAAACGUUAUAAAAUAAACAUACAGUGAGGGAAAAAAGUAUUUGAUGCUCUGCUGAUUUUGUACAUUUGCCCACUGACAAAGAAAUGAUCAGUAUAUAAUUUUAAUGGUAGGUGUAUUUUAACAGUGAGAGACAGAAUAACAAAAAAAAAAAAUCCAGAAAAGCGCAUUUCAAAAAAGUUAUAAGUGGAUUUGCAUGUCAAUGAGUCAAAUAAGUAUUUGACCCCUUCGACUUAGUACUUGGUGGCAAAACCCUUGUUGGCAAUCAAAGAGGUCAGACGUUUCUUGUAGUUGGCCACCAUGUUUGCACACAUCUCAGGAGGGAUUUUGUCCCACUCCUCUUUGCAGAUUCUCUCCAAGUCUUUAAGGUUUCGAGUUUGACGUUUGGCAACUCUAACCUUCAGCUCCCUCCACAGAUUUUCUAUGGGGUUAAGGUCUGGAGACAGGCUAGGCCACUUCGGGAACUUAAUGUGCUACUUCUUGAGCUACUUCUUUUGUUGCCUUGGCUGUGUGUUUUGGGUCAUUGUCAUGAUGGAAUACCCAUCCACGACCCAUUUUCUAUGUCCUGGCUGAAGAAAGAAGGUUCUCACCCAAAAUCUAAUGGUACAUGGCCCUGUCCAUCGUCCCUUUGAUGCGGUGCAGUUGUCCUGUCCCCUUAGCAGAAAAACACCCCCAAAGCAUAUUGUUUCCACCUCCAUGUUUGAGGUUGAGGUUGGGGAUGGUGUUCUUGGGGUCAUAGGCAGCAUUCCUCCUCCUCCAAACAUGGCAAGUUGAGUUGAUGUCAAAGAUUUAGAUUUUGGUCUCAUCUGACCACAACACUUUCAUCCAGUUUUCCUCUGAAUCAUUCAGAUGUUCAUUGGCAAACUCCAGACAGGCCUGCACAUGUGCUUUCUUAAGCAAGAGGACAUUGCGGGCACUGCAGGAUUUCAAUCUUUCAUGGCGUAGUGUGUUACCAAUUGUUUUCUUGGUGACUAUGGUCCUGUCAGGUUACCUGUUAGUGUUGCCUCCGAGGAGGACAUCCUUUCUUCUUAGGGGCUCCCCUCCCCUAGCAUUUCGGCAAAUUCCGGCCGUUUUCGCGCCGGCCGUGCUAACUCCUCCCCCUUUUAUGACGCGACGGCUAGCGUCGACGUCAUGACGUCAUCAUUAACGUGAAGUGCUGGGAACCGCAAUUCCGGACCUUUUGGGGGCGUGGUCUCAAUUAAGGUGACAGGGUAUUUAAGGGAACUUUUACUACUGCUCAUUGCCCUGUCGUGGUUCUAGCUUGCUAGUCACUCAGCGCGUUCUCUCUCUUAGUGUUUUCGGUUUUGACCUUGCUUGUACCUUUGUCCUGUUGUCCUCUCCUCUCCUUUGACCCGGCUUGUCCCUCGCUUACCUGUCCUCCGGCUCCCUCGACCUCGGCUUACCUUUUGACUAUUCUUGUUUUGUCCAUACGUUAGUCCGGCCAUUCUAAGGUCCGGUAUACGUACCUCCUUCUGUCCGCACUCUGCGUAUUGGAUCCCUGUCUCUAUCCUGACAGGUCCCAGCUGUCUUGAGUUCAUUAACAAGAUGCCAGCGAAGUUCUGAGCUGAUUCCUUACAGCUGAUCAUUAAACUCAACGAGGUGAGAUCUUGCAUGGAGCACCAGACCGAGGGAGACUGACAGUUAUUUUUUGUUUCUUCCAUUUGCAAAUAAGCACACCAAGCUGCUUGGCGAUGGUCUUGUAGCCCAUUCCAGCCUUGUGUAGGUCUACAAUCUUGUCCCUGGCAUCCUUGAACAGCUCUUUGAUCUUGGCCAUGGUGGAGAGUUUGGAAUCUGAUUGAUUGCUUCUGUGGACAGGUGCCUUUUAUACAGGUAACAAGUUGAGAUUAGGAGCACUCCCUUUAAGAGAGUGUUCCUAAUCUCAGAUUGUUACCUGUCUAAAAGACACCUGGGCACCAGAAAUCUUGCUGAUUGAUAGGGGAUCAAAUACUUAUUUCACUCAUUGACAUGUAAAUCAAUUUGUAACUUUUUUGACAUGAGGUUUUUUGUUUCUUUUUUUUUUUUUUUUUUGUUAUUUUGUCUCUCACUGUUAAAAUACACCUACCAUUAAAAUUAUAGAAUGAUCAUUUCUUUGUCAGUGGGCGAACAUUCAAAAUCAGCUGGGGAUCAAAUACUUUUUUCCCUCACUGUACAAAGUUCAGAAGUUGUUCUCCAAACAUGAACGAUUAAACUCUUGAACUGGAGAUAGCUCACCUUAUAAUUUCAUCACUUCAACAAUACAAUGCAGUUAGCUCCUGCUUUGUAAUGUUCUGCAGAGGGAAUAUAAUAAAUUUAAAGGUUACUCCAACAAAAACUGUUUUCAUAAAACAAACACAGGUUUUGGUUGUAGCAAACCCUUCUAUGCUGAUCUUCCCAAAUGCCCCCCAAAAAGGCUUAAACUUACUUUUUUUCAUUCAGUUUUCACUCACCCUACUCCUCCUAGCAGGGAGGACGGUCUGAGGGAGGUCAGUCAAUGUUGCAGAGAAUUGAAAUUAGCCAGGCUGGGAUUUUGUUCUUGGCUGGCUAAUAAGACUGCCAUAGGUGGAGUCACACCUCUGGCAGCAAAGGGGUUAAUCUCUAUAUGUGCAGCAUUUCAAACCUAAACACUGCCCAUACAGGCACCAAAACCAAAACUUCAAAUGCAGGGAUGCAGGGGAACGAAAUUUGUGUGGCCUGGCUGACUAGAAAAUAGUAAAGCUAAAUCUGCACAAUGUGCAAUUGCUCUUGCUGCUUCUGUCUCUUUAAUAGUGUGGCAUGUCCCCACACACCUGUCCCAGGUGGCAUACCAGAGGCUUCUGCCUGCUAAUAUGAUGGAAAAGAGAGGACUGAAUAAGUGAGUACUGAGGAGAAAGGAUUCAGAGCUAGUGAUUAGUGGGAGAGAGGAUUGGAGUGAUGGACUGAUAGAUUUGAGGAAUGAAAGUGAGAGAUUAGCACAGGGUAUGUGUAUUCUUAUAAAGGUAUUAGGCAUCACUUCCACCAGAUACAAGACACUUGGGAGGUAUGACUGGUUUAGUGCUUUAUGUCUAUAAGAUUCUAUAAUUGGGCCCAUUGUACUUAUCAGCACUACGCCCAAUAAGAUCCUAAUCCAGCCCUGCUAAUGGUAUAACAUAAUCAGUUCGGAUUUAACUUUUCAACUAAUUUGAAAAACUUAUUAUAUAUAAAUCCACCCAGGGGGGUUUGUGUUACAAAUAAGUGUCUGAGUUUGUAUGACAUCCUAACAGUGUGAUCAUCCCCCUUGCAACAAAAAAUCAAGGUCACAAUAGCGAAUAGUCUCAUAAUGUUGUAAUGCCAUGUGGCUACUAAAUUAUGUCAGUGUAGCUGGAAAAAUUGUUUAUAACAUUUGAUUAUCUAAUUUGUACGUUACUGAGUAGCAGACUUGUAGAACAGAGAAACAAAAUCAGCAAGUAGGUGGUCUACGGCCAAUAAAAAUUACUCUACUGAUGAGAUAACCACACAAUCUCAGAAAGGAAAUUAAAACCGCAGAUUACAUUUAAGUGUGAAAUGACCAUCUUCACUAUUAGUUGCUAUUACAAGCAUGUGACAUUCUUAACAACCUUUUAUUGCAAUAGGUACAUCUGUUGAAUAUUUUUUCCAAUGAGCAAUUCUCCAUUGAUGUCAACCGCUGGCUCGCCCAGGAUCAAGAUGACAAAGAGAUCUGCAGAGAGCUUCCAGUGUCCCGACAAGGUCACACAAAACUUCCAGGUGUGUGAAUGAGUGUCUCUGAAUUAUAAUAAGAGAGGAUUCUCACAAUCCAUGAGCCCAUUUUCUUAUUUGCUGACUGAUAGUAUUCAUUCCAUGCUUUCCUUAGAACUUUAUGCAUUGAAAAUAUUUGUAGCAUCAGCAAAGUAACUUGAAAUUUAUUUUACAAAGGUGUUUUGAAAACAUAUUACAUGGAACAUGACUGAUGCAAUGUGAUUAUAGUAACUACCAUUCACUUUUAUGGACUCAAGAAGAAACAUGGUUUAUCUUAAAAGCAGCAGACUGUACAGUUACCCAGAAAACACAACUAUGUUAACAAUAUUCCAGCUUUUUAUGCUUUCCUUUUGAGAUGCUUCUAAGUGAUACACAGUCGGAUUCAUCCCUAAAUAAAAAUAACUCUCUCCACUGCAUCUUUUCUAUGGAUGCUGAUGUGAUUAGACUAAGUUUAAAAUAAGAAGGCAUCCUGUCUACUUUUUAUAGCCAAGUUACAUUUUAACAUACAAUGCUGUGUUGUUGGGGAUUUUCCAUAUAAAAAUGCCAUCUCAUUGCAGUAAUUCGCUUGCCAAUGUAGUUUUGCUCUGUAGUGAAGUGUUUCAUGUUAAAAUAAACAAAAUUACAUUGCAUUUAAUUUAGUUUCAUUUCCAUGACAGUAUGGAGUCCAUUCACUAAAAAAGAGAGUUUUUGGUGGUUUAUCAUAUGAAAUUUUGAUGAAAAGAAAAUGUGAGGUUUUUCCAACUCAGUCAUUCUGACUUGUCUGUUUGUCGGUCAGUUCAUGUAUGUAUUUGUCUGUCUGUCUGUAUUCUGUAUAUAUAGUUUACUAAGCAGAUUAAUAAUGUCUGUUCUAAAGGUAUAUUUUGAAUGGGCAGAUUGUUGCAGCCAACUGUAGGAUAAUCUCUUCUCUUCCCCCAUUAAAUAACAGCCCUGAGAGCUUUAAGAUUGGAAGCUUUUAUGGUGCUUACCUUGAGGAAGGAGGAGAUAUGUGCUUUUAAUAGUACAAAUCUGGUUCCUUGCUGCUUCAGUGUUCAUUGCCUUCAGUAAGUAUCAGUGCUUGGAUUUCAAAGCACUAAGUUCAACAUUGUAACAUGGGCUGAUAGUUUUGGGCAUCCAAAUACAGAUAGGAUUAUCAGACAACCAAUACAGGGGCUAAACUUGGUAGUGGUCCUUGAUAGAUUAAAUAAAACAUCCUUGCCAUGUAAAACUGCAUUGGCGAAUACGUCAUUUUAUCUUUCUACCCACCACGGAGGGAUAUAAUAAUCAUUAUGUACUGCCCUAGGAGAUAUAAUUUGUCAAGGCAUUACUGAAAACUAGCCAUGGGCCUAGUCGGUAAAAUGCUAAACAGGAGUGGAGGUUGCACUCUGUCACUCACACAUAUCCCCCUGCCACCUUACAAUCUACUCUUAAUUGGUCACAGAGUGUGGAUCUAUAGGGUCACAUGGUGUGAGUUUACAAAUGAUCAAAAUAAGACCUGUAUAGUUGUUCCCCUGUUUUGAAUUGAGUUAUUUAUGUACAAGUUUGAUUAGAGCCAUUGUACUUUAAAUCAUGUAUAGAAGGAUAACAUUUUUGCUUAUGAAUAGUAUAGCUAUGUAUUUUUGUUAUCCUUAAAUGCAUUUUGUGAUUGUAGUUUUAGUCUACUCAUUUCAGCUGAUUAGAGAGCAAGAAGAAUAACCAUAGUUUUGAUAUUUUAGCAUCCUGCCAGCAAUAGGUACCCGCAGAAGAUAAUAUGCUCGGAAAUAGAAAAGUAAAUUUUUUAAAAGAAAUUAAUCCUCAAUUUAAUAAACUUUCCAAUGAAUUUAAUACUGUUUGAAAAAAAAAUUCCAAAUACUUUAUUAACAAAAAUUCUUUAAUGGUAACUUCUUUAAAAAAUAAAUAAAUCUGGAAUGGUUUUCUUUUGAUAUAAUAGUAUAUUUUUACAACAAUUCUACAACAUUCUCAUCUGCAUAAAGUUGGUGUUCUGCCCUAUUUGUUUGUAUGGAUAAACUUGCUGAACAUCGUUUUAAAUGCUAUACAGACACAAAAGUUAACAUAUGGCAAAUGGAUAGUUUUAUAACUCGCUCCUUUAUAUAUCCUGUUUCAGUAACAAUGUAUGAAAUCCGUGUGGUAACUGGAGAUUUGUGGAAUGCAGGAACUGACGCUAAUAUCUAUAUAUCAAUUCACGGGGAGCGUGGGGACACAGGUUCGAGGCAUUUGCUUAUGUCAAACAAACCCAACAAAUUUUUAAAAGGACAAGUAAGUUGAUAAACAACAUUGGUAGAUAAGGCAAAUACAUUUUAAACAACAACAUGUGUUCUUCUUUUUAUUUAUUGUUAAUGUAAUGACUGAAUUGAGAUUGUCCUAAUGCAAUUGAUAUGGCUUGGUACUGCGUAAUGUACAAUCAGCAUGUGUGAUAUAUCAGACAGCUCUUUGUGUAGAAUUACACCAUCGCACAGAAUUAUUAAAUACACUCAUACCAGGGACUGUUAUAAAAAGUGAAUAGGAUUUUGUUUUCCUUUAUUUGAAGUGUGCAUCAGACAGGAACAGGACUGAAAGAGCCACAGAUAAAGACAUCAAAACAUGACCGCCUUUAAAAUAAAAAAUCAACCCUACAACUCUCGUUGCCCCCACACUUACUCAUAAAGUAGUAGCCCCUCUUCAAUCAUAGUAGUCCAGUCAUUCCGACCAGACAUGCUAGAAUGAAGCUACUGAGACUCUAACUCUAACCAGUAAUAUUGUUCAUAAGACAGAUGUCUUUUAAUUUGCUAAGUACCACUAAUCAGAGAGGAAGAACCUUGUUUGCCAGCUCUCGGCUGUAGCUCUCUAAACUACAAGGGUAAAUUUCACAAUUAACGUGUUAAUGAAGGAGGUGUAUGCCUCUACUGGUUUUGGUAACAGCAACGUCACAGAGAAAGGUCAGUUGGUUUAUAAAGGAUAUUACUCAAAUUUAAUUUGUGUCAAAACCUUUUUUCACUUUGGGACACCCCCACCACUUGUGGAAGAAAGUUUCCAUGUUCUCGCAAAGAUAAAUAUGCAUAGGUGUGUAAUUUAAAAACUAUGUUGCUAUUAAUAUUGAUAUCUAUAUUAUUCUGCAAUGGUAUGUCUCCCAGAUAGGUCUAGCUGAAAGUGUUUUAAAAAAUUGGGCAGACAAGAUGGGCCGAAUGGUUCUUAUCUGCCGUCACAUUCUAUGUUUCUAUGUUAGCUUGAAACAAUAAAAAAGGUAAAAGAUAGAUCAUUUGGAUAACUCGGUUUAACAGCAAAUAAUCUAGUGAGAUUAAAAAAUAAGGAACCCAAGAAGACUAAGCAUAUACAUAAGGUAAGCCUCUUAUAUACCAAGUGUCGUACAAGCCAAAGUAUAAACAAGAGGGGAAAAAACACAACAUUGCAAAACAUGCUAGAGGUAUUAUAAAAAACAGCAGUAGGGCAAGCAAGGAAUGUGACUCAGGUGUCUUAAACACCUAAACAUUCGGUGGGAAUUUAGGAUAUAAAAACUCCAGAUUUCAGAGCUAGCAGUAUGUGUGAGCCUAACAAUACAACCCAAUUAGAAACAGAUUUUCUUUCUUUCAGUGAGACAUAGGUUUUACUUUAAUUUUGUAAAAUAUGGAAAAAAAACAUAACCAAAUGGGUUCCACAGAUUUUUCCCGUAGUGCUAGCGGAUAUCUAGCCAAUAACGUUCAGAAAAUGAUUUUAAUGACACGUAGGCAAUGCCAAUGACUAUAAAUAUCAAAUAAAUAUACACUGUGUAGGCUGUGCCUAAAUAUACCGGUAUAUAACAAUUUGUGUGAUGGAGAGUUGCAAAAUUAUUUUUUGCAAAAUCUGUUACCUUUGUAUUUUAAACCUGAAAAUGAUGCUAGAACACGUUAUAUUUCUCAAAAUCUUUUACAAUGAAUGAUAAUGAACCUUAAUGUAUCUUUUUAUACGGUACUUCAAACCUCACAAAAAAAUGUGGUCUGCUUAAUUUAAUGUCCUUCAAUUCCAAUGUUUUGGAAUCAAUAAGAAUAUUGAGAUAUCGUUUGAUUUAUGUUUUCUAGACUGACAUUUUCAUGCUGGAAGCUGUUCAUCUUGGGGAUUUACAUUCACUUGUCAUAGGCCAUGAUGGACUUGAACCAGGUAAUUAAUAGUAAAAUAAAAUGUAAUUAAGCUCACGAACCAUACAAUUUAUUUUCACAAGAAUGUAAAUAUAAUUUGGAGCAUUGAAAACUUGAUUUUACAACGAAACAUAAAUCUCAUAUUAGAAAAGGCAAUGAUGUUUGGUUCUUAGUGUGAUAGGAAACCUAAAAAUAAAGCAUUUUCUGUUUAAAAAUAACAUAACAAAUAAAAAACACAUUUCAUUUGUAAGUUAUUAAGAUAAAAGUUACGCUAAUUCAUAUUAUAAAAAAAGUAACCUUGUCAAACAUCACUAAAUAGCAAAUUUUGGGAUUGUUUUCAUGCUUCUCACUAUCAUUUUCCAUCAUCAGUAAGAAAUGGGAGGUGCAAUUAUCCCCACUUAACAGCAACUUCCAUGCUCUAUAAUUGAACAUUUACUAACAACUACAUUGUGGAUGCCAAAAGUAUUUUUGUUUCCUAUUAUUAUAAAUGGUAGCCAUUAAAGCUGCUCUGUCGCCCCCUUGAAAAAUAAGUAUUUUAUAAAGAUAUAAUCUUUAUGAAAUACUCAUAUUGAUUGUGUUGAUAUUUCACUCAAAUUCCAACCCAAGAGAUAUACUGAGACAAAUAAGGGACUACAUUGUCUCUGUAUAUUUGCUCUGCCUGACUCUUCUAGACACUCAGCAGAGCUACCACCAUCUAGAAGUGUCAAUCCCCCAAUCAUCACCAAUGACAGCUGCAGGGAAAUGGCUCUGUUUAAUGAGGAUCCAAAGGUCUUGCUGGACCCACCAUAGACCUAAAUGCUGUACUUUCGCGCAUGAGCUAGAGUACAGCAGCCAGCGGCGUACAUACCGCAGUCACAGGGGUCGCAGCUGCAACCGGGCCCGGCACUCCAGGGGGCCCGGCUGCCCUGCGGACCCCAGCGAUCGGGUACCAGGCCUGCUGCCACAUUUUGCGGCCGCGGCCCACACUGCAAACCACCAGGGCCGCACAUGGAGGGGUCCAUCGGGUGGCCCAUGCUGUCAGGGCCACCUGAUGGCUAUGGAUUGUGAGGGGGCCCGGUCGCGUUCUUAAAGUGCCCAGCCCUGACCGGGCCCCCUUGUGAUUACAUCAUAGAGCUGGGAGGAAGUGACUGCCCGGUCACUCCUCCCAGCUUACUGAGAGCCCGCGUGGGAGGAAGGAGGAGGAGGAGGAGGAGGGAGUCAGAGUGGGAACUUCCAGAGAUAAUACCUCUGCUCUGAAGAUUCAGCAGGACUUGGUUGCUUGGGAGUGCUGGGUGUUAAUGCUGUUUUAAGGGGCCCAGUCUCUGCUCUGAAGAUUCAGCAGGACUUGGUUGCUUAAGAAAGCAUAAUAAAUGGGGAUGUUGUGUAUGCACCUGCAUCGCAAACCCACCUUAAUAAACUUAAUACGCUAUAUAAUUAAUUCUGCCACUUUGUACUAAUUACUUUACCCACCACUGUGACAUAUUAAAAGAGCUAAACUGGCUAUUGCUGGAAUCCCGGUACACUCUUCAUCUUUCCAGUCUUGUGCAUAAGAGCAUUUCUGGGAAGCUCCCACCCUACCUGAGUAGAAUGCUCUCUUCAGCUGUUCCCACCUCUUAUAAACUCAGAUCCAGUACGAGCACGAUAUUUAGCAUACCGCAAUACAAAAAUAAAGUGGCUCGAUCCUCCUUUUCCUACAGAGCACCGCAAUUAUGGAAUAACCUCAGGAACACAGUCAAAUCUUCAUUCAAUCUAAAAUCUUUUAAGAGAUCUAUGGCAACAUACCCCAGCACAGAAUGCUCCUAUCAUGGUUGAAUAUAUUUAUUACCCGUUAUGUGUUAAAUGUAUAUAUGUGUGUAUGUGUGUGUGUAUAUAUAUUUUUUAUAGUUUUCAUAUAGUUUGCAUAUUGUAUUUUUGUAAUAUUGUAUCCUAUUGGAACAAUGCAAUGUUUUGUGGACCGAGGAAAUACUUGAAAACUAGAGAAAUCUCUAUGUAUCCAUCUUGGUAACAUAUUUUAUAAAUAAAAUUAAAUAAAUAUGUGAGCAGCACAUACAUAUCUUGUUUCAAAGGCGAUAAUUAUAAUUAACAUUAAUUAACAAUUUUUACUUUUCUAUGUUUAGGAAAUGGUUGGUACUUGGAGAAAGUUAUCGUUCUUGAUCCAGUAAAAGAUAGAGAAUACAUCUUCUUCUGUUACAGGUUUGUCAUAAUAAAAUGGGAUUAAUAAUGUGCAUUUUAUGUUGAAUAGACCAGUAUUUAUUUAGAAAAGCAUGGUAGAAAAAAAGCUAGGUCUUCAGUUGUUUUUCAACUUCAUCUUCCAAGAUCACCAACCUGCAUUUUGCUGUAAAAAUGCUCUCUAACAAUGGGAGUUGUAGUUUAACAGAUGGCAGUGGGGUUACAAAAUUUAUGAUAUUGUCAGGCAAUGUACACCAUAAAAGCAAUUUUCUUGUAAACUUUUCAUUAAAAGAAUGCUUUUCAAAUAGAUCUUCCACACUCUUUUCAACUGAGUAAGCGGCUAAUGAAAUUUUACUAAGGAUGGUGUUCCACACUUCGGGUUUUAUAAUAUGAAAAUUAGUUGUAGAUCGGAAGAUUUAUAAUCUGGCAUAUAACAUAAUUUGCUCAGUUCCUUGACAUAAAAGAUCCAUGUGCCACUUUAAAAAGUGAAAUUAAAAUAUUGCAAAGAUGAAGGGAAUUUUCAAACAUGUUGGUGUAUAAUAUAAACAUAAGGCACAUUUCAAAAUAACACUCCCAGAAUGCAACAAAUAAUAUGGAAAUUACUAUAAACAGCGUGGACACAUUUUAGAAUUUUAGCUCACAUUAAGAUAAAGUGAGCCACUGUUCAUUUGUUUAUGAACAUUUCAUCAUUCUAGAGCUAUACAGUGCUUGCCUAUGAAAUAUGGCUGACAAGAUAUAGAUAUAUAUUAUUAAACCUUCCCACUGGUUUAAUUCUUAAUAAAAUGGUUACAUUUUAAAAUAUGCAUCAUCCAUACAGCAGUGUGCUAUAAACUACAUCUCUUAAUUUGAGGGUCUUUUCAUAUUUUGCCAUUUUCUUUUUCAAACAUGUAUGAGAAUACAACACAGAGGUCUAUUGAGGAUCAUGUAAUGUGCUCUGUAGACAAAAUGCAAAAAGAAGUCCAUUUCCAACCACCAUCACUAGUGACGCUGUUGAUGCCGAAAACUUUUCCUUCUGUCAAAAACCUUGUCUUAAGAAAAUUUUAAAAAGUGUUGGCAUUGAUAUUCCAGUGCAAUCAAUAUAAUGUUUCUACAUAAUUCUAUAUUUAUUGAAAGCUAAAAAGUCAUAUGUCCACGCCACUUUAACAAUCAUGAUUGCAAAAUAUGGAAAUGGCCACAAACAACACUGAAUAAAAAAUAGUAAUAUAGCAUACACUUCCAUUAACUAAUACCUGUCAAUAUAUGCAUUAUAAAUAGAAAUAGCACAUAUGUCUUGAUUGGGCUGCUAGGUUGCCAAUGGAAAUGUUGGGCCCUCAGUAGUCUACAGAAGGGUUCUCCAAACUCUGGUCCUCAAGAUGUUGCUGUACUACAACUUUCAUACUUUAUUGCAUGAAAUUGAUACCCAGAGACUCAUGGUAGUUGUAGUUCCGCAACAUCUGGCGAGCCAGAGUUUGGAGAACUGGAAUGCCAGUGGCUGAAAACUGCGACAUAGCCAGUAUCAAUACCUGAUAAGUACCUACAGUGGAGAAUAAUAUUUAAUAAAAUAUAUUUGAAAAGAAUAAUAAAUGUCUGUCCAAGAGAUUUGUCAAUAUAAACUGCUAAUAAAGUGGUGCAAAAAGCCAUCAUACUCUGCAUAAAAGUCUACUGCGGCAGGCACAGUUCAUGUGAUUUAUGACCAGUACUUAUAUUACCUUUACAAAGCUUAAACAGGCUUCAGGUAGUCGAGAAUUUCUGCUUAUAGUCCUAACUAUGGAAUUGAUUUAAUAUUUUUGGAUAAGCCGUAAAAAAUGUUUUUUGUUUUUUUUUAAUAUUAAGAUAUAGCAUAUAUAUAAAAAAAUACGCAAUAUACAAUAUGUAUAUAUAUAUAUUUCCUGGCCAUAUCCAUGGCAGCACAACAUUGGGUAGCUCCUCCCUAUCCCCAUUGGACAGGAAUAAUUAUUAAGCCGUAUAAGUACCACCUCCUACCCUUCCUUCCCCAGUCUUUUUUUCCUGUCCUAUCCCUAGGACAUGUCGGUCUUUUCAGACUAUUAGAUUUUCUUUAUGGCUUACCUGAGGAUUAGUUCCUCUAGCCCCUGGGGAGUUCACCCUCUCUCCCCUGGGAAGUCUCCAGUAUACGGCCCUGCGCAAAGGUGUCCCCCUGGAGAAAACCCCUUUAGUGACCGGGGGUUUUACCUUCCUGUAAUUCUUGCAAUAAUGCAAGUGGAAUAACAUGGAAUUAUGGCUGGUUUCCGGACUUGGAUUUUCUCCCCCCAGAAUCAAGGUAAUGACUCCAUGAAUUGGUUCCUACCUGUAAGAUUAUUCUUCUGAAGAUACAGAGGUAAUUGAAACUGUAAUCUCUCUGUGCUGGGGUUCCCCCUCAGAAGCUGCAGUGCCUGCACGGCGUUCGGGAGCUCCUGUGCGCCUGCGCGGCGUUCAGGAGUUCCAGGGCGCCUGCGUGGCGUUCGGGAAAUUUCUGUGCGCCUGCGCGGCGUUCGGGAGUCUCACGGGCGCCUGCACGGCGUUCGUGGGCUCCCGGACGCAUGCGCGGCGUUCGGUUGUUUCUGAGCGUUCGCGCGGCUUUGUUUGAAUAAGCGCGCGAACGCGAUUUACGAAUUAGCACGUUCGCGCGCAAAAUCCAUUCAUUUGGGCCGUUCGCGCGUUUUCUCGCUAAUUCGCGCAUGCGCGAUGACGUCAGAUACCCUUCUUAAAGCGCCAGACCUCUUUUUUCGGGGUAGGUUGAGUUUCUUCCUCCAGGAAAGUUUUUUCUGCACCAUUCUGUUGGUUCUUCGCCUUUCCAGGUUCCUUUUUCCUUCUCAAGCAUCGAAGUAAGUUUUUCUCCUAUUUUAUUUUUUAUAUAUAUUUCUUCUUGGUAUUAGUUUCGCUGUUCCAUCUAUUCCUUAUAGAUGGAUUCUCGCUCAGGAUCCAGGGAAUCGGAUUCUUCUCAUCACAAUAGGUCACAAUCUAAGCAAUAUAGGUAAGCCAUCCUUUUUAAAAAAAAAAAAAAAAGAGAGGUAAUGUACUAAUGAGCACGUUUGUUGUAUUUCAGUGCUAAAAGUACAAAGACUUCAGGAUCGUCCAAGGGGAAGUCGCCCAAAAGGACGCUGUGUAUAUCCUGUGAUAACAGAGCCAUAGAAGGGAAACGUCUCUGUUCAGAUUGUCUCUCAGCAGCUGCUGGCCCUUCUCAUUCAACACCGGACUUUAUGCAGCUUAUCAAGCAUGCAGUUGCCCAGGGCAUAAGAGAGGGUGGUAAGACCCACAAGCGACCUAGAUAUUCUGAGCCCUCAGAUUUAUCUCCAGGAAACUCUGAAGAAGAGUUAAUGGAUUCAGCUUCUCUGAGAGACCUAGCUUUUUCCUCGGAGGAGGAUGCUAUCCCUGAUCCUGACUUCCUGGUACCUGCGGAGGUGGAUCAUUUAAUUGCCCGGGUCAGAGAAACCCUUACCUUGAAAGAACCCUCAGAGGAGGAACCAUCUACAUCUAACCGCUAUUUCUCUGAUCUUAGAAGAAAAAGAGCGGCUUUCCCUGUGCAUGCCACAAUUAGUGACCUUAUUAAAGAAGAAUGGUCCAGGUCUGACCGGAGAUCAUCUGCAAAAGGGAAGUUCUCCAGAUUAUAUCCGUUUCAUUCCAAAGAUGCUGAAACAUGGGAUUUUCCACCUAAAGUUGAUGCUGCAGUGGUCAGACUAGCCAAGCACACUACCCUUCCUGUAGACGAUGCAGGUUCCUUCAGGGAUCCUAUGGAUCGUAAGAUGGAAUACUACCUUUCCAAAUCCUAUGUAGCCUCAGGCACGAGUCUCCACCCUGCCGUUGCUCUCACGUCAGUUACAAGAGCUAUGAAGGUUUGGAUACAGGAACUGGAAGGGGACAUCAGGAGUGGCAGAAGCCGUUCUUCCAUUGUGGAGGACCUAAGAGAUAUGCGUCUAGCAAUUGAUUUUUCAUCAGAAGCUGCAGUGGAUCUGGUAAGGAGCCUUGCUAGAAAUAUGUCCUUCUCGAUUUCCUCUAGGCGAGCUCUUUGGCUCAGAUCUUGGGCAGCCGAUGCUUCCUCCAAGAAUAGUUUGUGUUCUUUGCCAUUUCACGGGAGUAUGUUAUUCGGCAAGAAUUUGGACGAAUGCAUUAAGAGGGCGGCUGAAGGGAAUAAAGCCUUUUUACCUCAGGAGAGAAAGUAUAAAGGAUCCUUUCGUGCCCGGAAAGAGUAUCAUUCCUUUCGUGACAGUAGGUCCUACAAGCCGGGCAGAGAAUAUUCCAGAUUUCAACCUGGGAGAGGAGCCCCAGCUGGAAACAAAGGAGGCAAGUCACGCGGUUCAUCUUCCUAUAAAAACUAGAGGAAUCUAUGACUAUAUAAUUCCCAAAUCCGAAGGUGUCGGGGCUUGUCUUCUCCAAUAUCUACCGAUAUGGGAAGCAUCCACAAGCGACAGUUGGGUACUGGAUAUCAUUCAGAGAGGUUACUUGAUAGAAUUUCUCGAGCAUCCUCCAAGCAGGUCCUUUCACCUCACAAAGUGGCCAGGGGACAAGGAAAAGUGCAUGGCCCUACAAGACUUCAUCCUUUCCUUGCAGAAGGAGAAGGUUAUCACCAAAGUGCCAGCCGGCGAGAGAACUCAAGGGUUUUACUCCCACAUCUUCCUAACGAAGAAAUCCUCAGGGGGAUGGAGACCCAUUCUGGAUCUACACAGGCUAAACAAGCAUCUGCACAUUCGCAGGUUCAAAAUGGAAUCCUUACAAUCUAUAAUAAAAGUAGUGUCUCCCAACCAAUGGAUGCUGUCCAUAGAUCUGUUAGAUGCGUAUUUUCACAUACCCAUCGCCCAAACUCAUCAAAAGUUUCUGAGGUUUGCUGUGGAAGAAGGUCACUUCCAGUUCAGGGCCCUCCCCUUUGGACUGAGCACAGCUCCGAGGACAUUUACAAAGGUCCUGAUUGUUCUCAUUGCAGAACUCCGAAAACAGAACAUUGCGAUUUACCAUUAUUUGGACGACAUCUUGAUCUUAGGAAACAACGUAGAUUCUCUGACAUCCCAUGCUAUUACCAGCAUUCAGUUUCUGCAAGCUCACGGCUGGAAGAUCAACACCAAGAAGAGCCACCUCCACCCAACGCAAUCUAUGGUUUACUUAGGAGCUCACUUCGACACUCUAAAGGGCACUGUCCAACUUUCAUCAGCAAGAAUACAGAAACUCAAGAUGUUAUUGAGAAGAAUGCUGAUAUCCAGGGUGGCCCCGGCAAAGGCCAUAAUGAGCCUCCUGGGUUCCAUGUCCUCCACAAUAGGACUGACCAGAUGGGCACAGUGGAGAAUGAGACCAUUCCAAGCCAAUUUCCUGAGACAGUUCUCCUCCGGGAACCUGCACCAACCCAUCAAACUUUCCCUGAAUGUACGCCAUUCUCUAAUCUGGUGGUUAAACAGGGAGCACCUAUCAAAGGGUUUUCCACUAGGAGAUAUCGCGUGGAUAACUGUGACAACGGAUGCCAGCCAAUGGGGAUGGGGCGCUCAUUGUCUCCACGACUUUGCGCAGGAAGAAUGGAGUUUCAGGGCAAACAAUGUUCAUUCCAAUUGCCUAGAGCUUCUGGCUGUCCUCAAAGCAUUGAAACACUUCUCGAAUCAUCUCAAGGGGCAAUGGGUGAAGAUAAGGACGGACAACUCCACUGUGGUAUCCUAUGUCAAUCACCAAGGGGGUACCAGGAGCUGCAAGAUGAUGGAAAUCAUGAAUCACCUGAUGUGGUGGACUCAGAGAAACCUGGCGGGCCUUACUGCCAUCCAUCUACCAGGGAAACGGAAUCAUCUGGCGGAUUUUCUCAGCAGAUCCAGGAUAGAUCCGGGGGAAUGGUGCCUCUCGGACAGAGUAUUCCACUUGAUUGUGGACAAAUGGGGUCUCCCUCAAGUAGACCUUCUAGCCACUCGGGCCAACAGGAAAGUAGAGCUUUUCUUCACGAAAGAAGACGACCACCUAGCACUGGGGAGGGAUGCUUUAUCAAGCCCCUGGAGGUUCAGGAUGGGCUAUGCUUUUCCCCCAUUUCCACUAAUUCUCCCGCUCCUGAGGAAGAUGAGAACAGAGCAGGUGUCUCUCAUCCUGAUUGCGCCUUAUUGGCCUCGAAGACCCUGGUUUCCUCUGCUUCAAAGUCUUUUGGUGGAACCUCCUCUCCCACUCCCCAGAACUCCGGAUCUUCUGUUCCAAGGUCCUGUGUUUCAUCCAAAUCCGGUCUCUCUCAAUCUCAUGGCUUGGAGACUGAAAGGAACCGGCUUUUGAGUAAAGGAUUCUCCCAGGACGUUAUAGGCACUAUGCUGAAGGCACGUAAGCAUUCCACUUCGGCCACUUAUUAUAGAGUGUGGGAAGUUUUCUCUGACUGGGCCCUUCACAGGAACAUUAAUAUUCAAGAUCCUUCCUCCUCUAAUAUUUUGGAGUUUCUGCAGUCUGGGCUUGCUAAAGGGCUGAGCUAUAACACUCUCAAGGUGCACGUCUCAGCCUUGUCCGCUCUAACCAAUCAUCGAUGGGCACUGGACGCGGAUGUCAUCAGAUUCAUCAAAGGAGUCCUUCAGAUAAAACCUCCUAUUAAACCAUUUGUUCCAUCUUGGAAUCUCCCUUUGGUCUUGAAUGCCUUAAAGUUGGAACCUUUUGAACCAUUUGAGACAGUUCCUCUUCAUGCUCUCUCUAUUAAGACUGCUUUGCUGAUUGCCCUAGCUUCCGGCAGGAGGGUUUCUGAGCUCCACGCUCUAUCCAUUAAGGAGCCUUUUACGGUCUUUCACAAAGACAGAGUUGUCCUCCGUACGGUUCCCGAAUUUCGACCUAAAGUCACCUCCUCCUUUCACAUCAACGAGGAUAUUGUUCUUCCAUCUCUGAGGUCUGACUCCCUAGAAAUGGAGAAUGCUACUAACCUAUCUUCUCUGGAUCUAGUAAGAUGCCUCCAGAUAUAUAUUAAUAGGACUUCUGCUUGGCGUACUUCUCACAGUCUUUUCGUCCUUCAUGGCGGCUGUAAAAAGGGCUCACAAGCUCCCAAAUCUACCAUUAGCAGGUGGAUAGUAGCAGCUAUUAUUCUGGCUUAUCAAUCUGCUGGAUAUCCGGUCCCUGUGGGUCUUAAAGCCCAUUCCACGAGGGCUCUCUCAUCUUCCUGGGCAGCUGCUGCUAAUGUUUCUCCUGAACUCAUUUGUAAAGCAGCUACAUGGUCUUCCUCUAACACUUUCAUUAAGAGCUACCAAAUUGAUGUUAGAGCAGGUAUAUCUGAUCAAUUUGCUAAAUCAGUUCUGUCUGUAUCCGAUACCUGAUUUCUAUUUUUUCACCUGUUGUGGUGUUAAUACACUUUGCAUUCAAAAUUUUGGAGUCUGUGUCUCUUUCCCUCCCUGGUUUAUUGCUUGGGUAUUACCCAAUGUUGUGCUGCCAUGGAUAUGGCCAGGAAAAUGGAAAAUUUAUUCAUACUUACCGUAAUUUUCUUUUCCUGGUCAUAUGCCAUGGCAGCACAAGGGUCCCACCCGGGGCUAUUGCUGGAAAACAUGACUGGGGAAGGAGGGGUAGGAGGUGGUACUUAUACGGCUUAAUAAUUAUUCCUGUCCAAUGGGGAUAGGGAGGAGCUACCCAAUGUUGUGCUGCCAUGGCAUAUGACCAGGAAAAGAAAAUUACGGUAAGUAUGAAUAAAUUUUCCAUUAUAUAUAUAUAUUAUUAAAUCAAUUAAAAGUUUAUUAAACAUAUAUUAAAUCAUUUGAAAAGCUUAUCCAAAAAAUACAAAAUUAAGCCCUAUAUUCUGUUUCAAGAUGUUGCCUGGGUGAAACAGGCUUUCAAUGGCUAACAAUUUUCCAAUCAAGGUUCUACCUUUAUUGCUUUCUCAUCACCUCCUGUUCUCGGAUCUCAUAUUUCCUUUAUUACAAUUGCGUGAAUGUUACGUUUACCCAUUUUACAGCACUGCAGGAAAUGUUGACACUUUAUAAAUAAUAAGAGUAGUUUGUAAAAAUACCGGCAAAAUGUUUGUUCUCUGGGUUCAAAGGGCAGAUGAAUGUGCUUAUAUUUUUAUACCAGCCUUUUUAAUAGUAGUUUAGUCUCCAUAUUUUAAUACAGAAAGUAUAAAGAAAAAAAACUGACAAUUUGAACCAUAUUAUCCUUCCCGAACCGUAGUUAUAUAUUUCUUUCAUUUUACUUGUAAAAGAAUGCAGCGUAGAUAGAAUUAGCUAUGUUGGUAUGUUUACAUCCAUAUGCUUUCUUAAUUCAAUAUAUAUUAUUUUCUUUUGCUUGGUAUUAAUCACUGAAGAUGGUUAGACAAAGGUGAAGAUGAUGGCAAAAUUGCAAGGCAUCUAUUCACGGCAGAUGAAGUUGAUUUUCCAGCCAGUAAGCAUAUAAACACUAAACAUUUCUUAUUAACUGUGCUUGUUACGGAAUAAUGGUGUUUAUUGAUAAAAUGCUCUUAAUUCAACAGGGCAAGAGCUUGAACUGAAGAGGAAGCAUAUUGUAAGGAGUUAUGUUCGUCUUUCUGUGUUGCAUUGUGGUGCUAAGAGAACUCUACAAAUCGAUUGCUUAGAAGUAAUUGUUUAUUUCUGUAUUCUUUAAUCAGUGGAACGCUGAAAAAUGGAAGUAUCAGAAGGGCAACAUUUUACAGUUCUACUGCAAAGCAACAAGGAAAUUUAUUCGACUCACUCCAGACAGCAAAGUGGAUGCUCUUGGAGAAAAGAAGGAUAAAUAUGGUAAAUUCGAACUUUAGAUGGCAGGUCACCGUGACUCACGUUAGCAUGAAGUGCUUUAUAAUAGUGUAACAUUAUGGUACAUAAAAUGCACCUUUCGCAUCUUAGUAGUUGCUGCCAACUCUUCUAAUCUAACAGUUUUACAUAUAUAUAAGUUACCUAUACUUUAAAACCAAUGACAGCAGGUGGCACGUCUUGGCGUCAAGCUGUUUACUGUAAGUGUGAAUGUGAUGUUUUAUUCUUAGGUUAAGGGUAAUAAUGUAUUUAUUUACUGGUCUUUCUAUCUUUUUAUCCUUGUACAGUGCAUACAUGGUUAGUUGUCUAUAAGGCGCUUCUACUACAUUAGUUCUCCCUGAAUGGUAUUUGUUUAAUUGAAUUUCAGUGAUCUAGUUUUAGCAUUGACCAUUUAGAUAUAUAUUAAAGGAACACGAUAGGGUCAGGAACACAAGCAUGUAUUUCCAAACCUAGAGUGUUAAAACCACCACCGAGCCCCCCUGGUCCUCUCUAGCAUCCCUAAAUAUAGUCAAAUAUUACUUUUAUUCCAGUCUGCUAGAAUCGUUGGAACUUAUUGUACAGAAUCACACAAAAUCCUGGGUAACCCAAAAUGAUAUUUAUAUGGUGACCAUGGCUCUACAUUUUCUGGUACGGGUGGUAGUCAUGCUAGUCUAUUAGUGGAUACUAUGUUUUAUGGUUCUUCAGGGAGACAGAAUGUAAACAGUUGGGUACAAAUAUUCCUGUCUUCAUAGUACUAAUCAGAACAUGUGUUAUAUGAAGUAUGCAAUAUACUUGAUCUACUUUUAUUGCUAAAUCCCUUUACAGCGGUGCAGAACUGAACUAAUCCUAAACUACAUUUCUAAUUCUAAUAAAGACAUCUUAAAAGGCAUUAUGCAUGGGAGCAAAAUGCAAAUCUAACUCUGACUUAACUACUUUAUGUAACAACGCAUGCAGACAGAGACUGAACGCAUACUACAAAAUCCUGUAUAGCUGCAGUGUACAUGUUAAGCCAAGAAUAGGUUCAUUCAUGAAAAAUGAUUGAGUCUACUUGGCAAACUGUAUAUAAGAUUUAUUUUAUGGGUUUUUCUUACUGUCUUUUUGUCAAACUUUGCAAAAGCGCUUGAAACAUACAUAAGACAAAAUGGUCCCUACAUUACCUACUUUAUCUUCUGAUAUCUUUUGAUUUUCAGUGAUAAUGAUUUCAGUGCAAAACAGUUUUUACGAACAUAUUUGUGAAAUGCUACAUUUUAUUUUUAUUUUGGGGCGGUGGGGAGGGAUGGGUGGGUUGUAGAGUUGAAGAGCUGUUUAAUUUUCUGCACAAACACAUUGUGUUGGCUAUUAAACAGAGCGUUUGGUCUAUAUACUUUGUUGCAUUUUAUGCUUAAUAAACCAAACAAUUUUUUACAAUUUCUUUUAAGGAUUCUUUGAUGUGAUGGUAAAACGAGGAAAUGUUAGAGUAUUUAAAAGUCAUCAAAUCUCAAGUGUUGCCUUGGCAAUUGACAAAGGAAUAGUUACUGCAAUGGUAUGAUACAUAUAUUAAAUUACCAAUACAAUCUAUAAUGUUCCAACACAAUGUUCUAUUUUAGCAAGCCUGUCUGUUGAAAUGUAAGAUAUUAUCUGUCUUUCUCCCUCUCUCUCUAUCUUUAUAAACACACACACACACACACACACACACACACGUCAAGCUGGCAUGGUAGAAAUAAAAAAUAAAAGGUCAGUCAUGCUUGAGAUAUUGGAAAUAUUGCUUGGUUCCACAAAAGAAAUCUGUUGCUCAGAAAGGAAUGGUGCUAUAUGGCUUUGGAGUAUCCCUUUAAAAUCCUCAUUUAUAAAUGUGCCAAUUUCAUUGGGAAUUUAGCACUUUUAAAAUUCAAAAUAGGAACGCCUUCACCAGCUGUCAAUCAUAAAAGCAUGGGAGAUGCAUUUUCUACUUCAAUUGGCUCCACUGAGCUAAUGGAAGAGCUCCCCUCCUGCUGGUCAGUUCUUGUAGUCUAUGCCUCCCACCCCUCCAUGUAUCUCAGACCAUGUGACUUAGACACAGAUUGAAGGGAUAGGAGGGGGGACUGACACACAUGGAUGGGAGAAGAGGAGUCUAAAACAUGGAGAGGAGGAUGGGACUGUGACACAUGGAGGGAAGAGGAGGGGGGACUGAGACACAUGGAGGGGAGAGGAGGGGAGACUGAGACACAUGGAGGGGAGACUGAGACACAUGGAAGAGAGGGAAGACUGUGACACAUGGAUGGGAGCGCAGGGGGUCUGAGACACAUGGAGGGGGGUCUGACACAUGGAGAGGAGGGGGGACUGACAGACAUGAACACGAGAAGAGGGGUCUGAGACACGUGGAGAAGAGAGGGAGGACUGUUACAAAUGGAGGGGAGAGGAGGGGAGCCAGAGACACAUGGAGGGGAGGGUCUGAGACACAUGGAGGAACUUGGGGGAGGAGAGAUGCUGAAAUAGCAUAGAAACAGAGGCUUUUCUUUGAGUGGUCCUUUAAUUUCCAUCCUAUUCAAAUGAAAUUCGAGAAUGUUUGGCCACAUGGGGAAAAUUCGAGAUACACUGAGCAAUGGGAGGAAGAUAUGCAACAAAUGAUGGAGGGAGGGGACUGGGAACAGAUUUGGAAGGCUGCCUCCAAGGUCUCUAUAUGUGUUACUUUACAGGAGCAGGCUAACAAAGCUAUGUUUAGGUGGUACCCCAAACCAGUGAAGUUACUGAUCUAUGCUGGAUGGGGUGCUGGACAUGCCUCAGGGUGAUCUGCUUCUGGGAAAGUGUUCAUGAUUUGCUUGCUAGUGUCCUUUAUCUACCAGUCAUUUUGAAACACUGGUACUUCCUACAUUACAAACUGAUAGAGGGAAUAGCCUCAUGCAAUCUGAAAGUAUUCAAUUAGCUAAUCCUAGCAGCUAGGGCCCUCAUCCAAAAUUGUAGGGGAGAGGGGACACCCACUGUAGAUAUGGUUGUAUUUAAAGUCAAACAUACUCCCCUAAUGAACAAACGAAUGGCCCAGUAAGACAUAAAAACCUUUCGUAAGGUUUUGCAGUCCUGGGAGGAGGGCCCGGUGCCCUGAGGGAUCAUGGGGUUUAGAAUCCCCUACCCCAUUCCCCUCCCGCUUGUUCUUUUGGAUAUAUAUAUAUUCCGUAUUAUGAUGUAAAAGGGCAGGGGAUUGGGAGAUUAUUAAACAUUACUAUUAAACAAAUGAAACAAUGUGUUUUUGUGAAGAUAUGUGAGCAAUUUUCUGAAAAUAAAGAAUUGCAAACAUAAAUAAAUAAAUAAUUAAGACAGCUACAAACUUACAUUACCAUAUCAUUAUUUAAUUUUUUUUAUUCUAUUACCCUAAAGCUCUAUAUGUCACUGAGCACACUCUGUAUUACAAUUGUCCAAUCUAGAUAUUUCAUUAUUGUUAUAUAUAUAUUUCAAUCUAGGAUAAUAGUGGGAUUCUAUGUGAACUGUUUGUCCAUCCUCAACUAAACCGGAAUGUUACAUUGGAAUCUACAAGAGUGCCGGGUCUCACCAUAUCCUUUGACAGGGAGGGUAGAGCUAAUGAUGGCAGCACUGAUGGUUAUGCUGGGAUUACUAAAGAAUUUGUUGUCCAUGUAAAGGUGAGUUAAAGAUUAGCCCGUCUCUACAUUUAUUGUAUUGAGGAUAUGGGUCAAAGUUUUAACUAUUUACGUAUGUUGAACAAAUAAUAGUUUUUCUGCAGGGCCCAAUAUCUCUUUAUAUAUACAUUGUUUGCAUUUACAUUAUGCUGGCAAUAGAGGAAUCUGCAUAUUGAAAAAUGCCACUAAAAUCUUUAUUAAUAUUAAUGAAGGGCUCACGUAUAGAAACAUAUGGCUAGAUUCUCUUAGCAGAGUAAGGGAAAUUAUUAAUACCAAUCAAGAAGAUCUGUGUCUUGGAUUUUGACAGCAGAGAAACACAAACUGGUCAGUGUAACUGGCCUGUGUCCUAUCUAACAGCUCACACUUUAGUCUUUAUUUUGUUAAUUAUAGGAGCAAAUUAAAAUAACGGGUGACAUAUUUGUUUAGAUAAAUGUGUUAAUGACUGCAACUUUCAUUUUCAGGGUAUUUUUCAAGAUGGCUCUAUUAUUUUGCUAACCACCAGCUGGGCUCAGGCUCUGUGUAGAAGAUUGGAUGGACUCUGCAGUGGAGCUGGGAAUCACAAUACAGAGUCAUACUGGAAAGUGCAAAAAAUGAACUCUGCUGUCUAUAUGUUUGAAAGUGUAACAAACCCUCAUAACUACAUUCAAAUAAAAAAUGGCAAAUGUGAUGGAAACGUGAGUACAAAUGUAUUAUCUAUUCAUCACUUAAGGUUAAAUAACUGGAGGAUCACAGAAUAAAGAAUAUGUAACGAAUGCUUUAAGGAACACAAACAUACGUGCUAAUUUCAGAAACACCGCUAUGCCUUAUAAAAAAGUCUUUAUGAUAUGUCAUACUUGGGCCAUUAGGUAAAUAUGUUUGACUUUAACUACAACCAUAUCUACAGAGGGUGUCCCCUCCCCCACCUUUUGGGGCCAUAUUAAGCUAAAAACAGAACAUCAACAAUAACAGACAUGCUCCUUUGACUCUGCUAAAUUAAUGUUUCUGAAGGUGCAUGACCAGGAAUAGAACUUCUCCCAGUAUGCUAAGACAGGUAGAUGAAUGUGGCUCUGUAUGGCAAAAGGCAAAAGCACAAUGAGUGCAUCACCAUCGCAACUUUUGAUUAAAAAAAACUAGAACAUAUCAGGAGUGUCAGCUUUCACCACUUUUAUUUGUUUUGUCUAUCAGUAACACAUUAGUAACACAUUACUAAUCCAACUUAUUUGUCUGAAAAUAUAUGACUAAUUGUGUCAUUUCUGAUUACUUUACUUUUAAAACUGUACAAAACGUAUUCACUAGGUUGUUUAGAUGCAAAAUUAAUAUAUCCAAAUGUGAGGCUCUUAAAGCGGCUCUGUCACUGUUCAGUAUUUCAUAAAGCUGUAAUCUUUAUGAAGCAGUAGUACUGUCAGUGAUGUAUUUGCUGCCCCCAAAUGCGUAGGCAAAUACCUUGUUAACCAGACGGCUAGCUGAGUUCCAAGGCGGGCGGCGAGGGAGCGCUGAUUUGUGAGCUCUCUGCUCAGCUCCCUUGUGUGCCGCAGAGUGAUGCCGGGAGCCGGAAAAUGAAAUCAGAAAUCAGCGCUCCCUCGCCGCUGGAAUUCAGCUAGCCGCCCAACUGCCUGCACGCCUUCCUCCCUCUCUGCCCAAACAGCCCCGCCAGCAGCCCCACUGGACACCAGGUAAAAAAUCCACCCAGCUCUCCCAAAGGUAGGGAGGCUGGGUGGAUUUAAAUUAUAAUUUAAAAAAUAAUCUGUGAAUGUUGGGGGGGAAAUGUGUGUCUGUGUCUGGCUGUCAGUGUGUGUGUGUGUGUCUGUGUCUGGCCGUAAAUGUGUGUGUAUGUCUGUCAGUGUGUCUGUAUAACUGUCAGUGUGUCUGUAUAUCUGUCAGUGUGUCUGUAUGUCUGUUAGUGUGUGUCUGUGAGUGAGUGUAUGUCUGUCAGUGUGUGUCUGAGUGAUUGUGUGUGUCUGUGAGUGAGUGUUUGUGUCUGUGCGUGAGAGUGAGUAUGUCUGUCAGUGUGUGUCUGUGAGGGCACCUGUGUGUGUGUGUGUGUGUGUCUGUAAGUGUGUUUGUUAGUGUGUGUCUGUGAAGCAGCCUGUGUGUCUGAGUGAUUGUGUGUGUCUGUCAGUAUGUGUCUUUGAGUGAGCGAGUGUGUCUGUCAGUGAAUGUGUGUGUGUCUGAGUGAUUGUGUAUGCCUGUCAGUGUGUGUGUCUGGGAGUGGGUGUGUGUGUGUCAGUGAGUGAGUGUGUGUGUCUGCAUUAUUGUGUGUGUAUGUCAGUGAUUAUGUGUGUCUGUGAGUGAGUCAGUGAUUGUGUGUGUCUGUCAGGUUGUGCCAAAUGUGUGUGUUUAUGUCAGUGUAUCUGAGAGUGUGUGUCUGCCACUCAAAGUGUGUGUAUUAGUCUUUAGCAGGAAGGGGUGGGGCAAAUGUAAAUUAGGGGGUGCCGAGUUCCGACAUGCCUAGGGCAGCACAGAUCCAAAAUACACCACUGAGUACUGCCUGUAUUGGGAUUUGUCAGAAUUCUUUUGGGACUACUUUAUCUUAUGAACAAGACUAAGGUUGACUAAAGGAUGAGCUCCACCGUCAUCUUUUGUCCAGUCCCAGCAGCCGUCACAAGUGAUGGCUGAUGGAUUGAGGCAUUGUCUCACUCAUUGCGAGACAUGAUGUAUGGAGACAUCCGCGAUCUCACUGGAUCCUCCAUAGCCCUCAGUGUUCUACUCUUGUACAUGUGUGAAAGUACAGCACUGAUGUGAUACCUGGCACAGGAAGCCCCAUAGGUUGAAGAUGGCAGCAGAAGCGAGGGACAGCUAAAGGUAAAUAAACCUAUCUAUGACAGUAUUCCACGGCCACUGGACCCUAAUCGGAGAUGUCACCUUUAGUGGUUUUUACAAAUUUUACAGAUGCCUGAUUAUGACAGAUCCACUUCCUUAUUUGCCUAGUAGUCAAUAACAUUUGUGAACCCACUUCAGCUUUGUGUGGUACACCACAGAAUAGGAACACUUAGAAAUUACUGACCCCACACAGAUGUGACCUAGAGUGCCCUGUCACCAUUUUUGCAAGUCACUGCAGUUAUAAUCUACCAUGUGGAAAGAGGCAGGGACUGGGAGCUCAUGACACCAUAGAAUAGCUUAAAAGUGGUUACUGUCUAUUUAAUCUUACAACUGCACUGCCUGUCUUUUGUGUGUGAACUCCCUACUAUACAGACAAUUAAUAAGCAUUGACACCUGGUGGUAAUUGCUUCAAAAAGACACAGUAAUGGAUACAUUUUGUGGGUAUAUACACACACACACACAGUGUAUCCAUGACUUGGUAUAUAUAAUACGCAAUAUUAUCAAUAUAAAGGGAUCUUUAUUCCAGUAAGCAUAUUUCUCAUUUAAUGAAUGAAUGUAUUAUCAAAUAAGACAAACUCUAAAUAUAUGUCACAAAUAGUUAAUAAGUGAUUUUGACAAUGGAAAUGGAAAUUUGUGUUCUCUCAUUCGGUCCAUCAAAAUAUCCAGCUCAAGGCACAUGAAGCCCUAAAUUCAGCGCCGAUUACAUACGUUCUGUCCUUUUAACCUGAAACAUAGAAUUCUCUUCACAGUCUUUGAAAGGGUUUUAAUCUAAUUAGCUAAAUCUGUGAAUUGCUUAGUUAGCAACAAAUAAAACAAACACAUACACACAAAACAAAGUAUGUCAAUUAAUAUGUCUAUAUCAACAUUCUCUCUUCAGUUAUUUCAAUGGGUUUUAUCAAUAAAUGUGAACUACAUGGGUUUAUGCAGAUUUAUAGAGCACAAUGCUCAUGGAUUUGUCUAAAUGGUGUUUUUGUUACAGGGUUCAGGUGAUGACUACUGCAGUUUCAAAGUCGACAAACAGUUAGAAAGCGGAUCAGUGACUCUGGAAUCUAUAAAGUAUAAUGGAAUCUAUAUUGGACUUCAGUCUAAUGGGAAUGCAAUGCUGCAACAGUGA